AUGAAAGUUCAAAUGAAGGUAAAACUAUACACAGAGAUAGACAGGUAGAUGAGUUAGGACUGGAGCAUAAAUGCCUCCUGGCAGCUGCUGAUCACCACAGCUUAAAUUUGCUAACUCGCUCUUCUCCUCCACCACUGUUAACUUUCCAGGGUUCAUUUGCACAGCCAUUCUGUUAAGCUUGUUGAUUCAAAAAUAGACUGAAGCAAGAAAGAAAUACAGAUGAUCUGCAGCAUAUGUGUGAGAGUGCAUUGCUUUGUUUUGGGAUCUGUGGCAUCAUUAGUUCAGGAGGUGAUUGUAUAUUUUGAAACUUUUGUCCUUGUUUGUAAGGUGUGGAGGAGAGCUAUAUAACACCAUUCCUGGCUUGCCAGUGUGUUCACUGAGUGGGCAGACGGCAGUGUUCUAGGGUUGCAAAAUGAGGUUAGGUGUUUGUUCUGUGUAGGUAGAAGAAGGAAGAAUCUUCUCAAAGAAGCCACCUGGCACCCUUAGUUUCAGCAGUAUUAAUUUCAACAGGAUUGCCAAGUACCUCACUUUGAUUUAAGUAGCAGCAUUAUUGUCAUAUACUUAUCGUGAAGCUUUUGCCAGUACCGUGUCUCAGUGCUAGGCAGCUUCACCUGCUAACUUUUUCUGAAUAAAUUGUUAAAAGCACAGGAGCCCUGCAGAAAAAGUGUCAUCAACCCUACUUAUGAGUCCUGUGUAUUCCUUACACUUAAGAAGUUAAAGCCCUUUGUUCCUCUUAAUGAGUUUUUUCUGCUAUAGCAAGCAGGAUUCAGGGUGGAUGCGUUUGUUUUGUUAUUGUUUGUAUUAUGUACUUUGUGGUUUUAUUCUGUAAACUGCCCCGAGAUCUUUGGAUGAAGGCCAGUAUACAAAUUUAAUAAUAAUAAUAAUAAUAAUAAUAAUAAUAAUAAUAAUAAUAAAUUCUUCUUUCUUCCUUGGCGAUCACUCAUAGCCCAGUAAGAUUGUCUUCCGUAAACACAGUUUUAACAAUGAGUCCAUAAGUGACUGUGGAGGCCAAUUCUGGAUCUACACGUCCUUCCACAGUGGGGACAUAGGUUUCCAGGCAGGAGUUGAUCACGGUGUGGAUUUGCCAAGCAUGCCUUCCUCUUAGCACGUUUCUCCCUUGCGUCCUGAGUUCGAGUGUUUUCAAAGCCCAUGACACCUUUGGUAAAGGCUGUGCUCCAAAUGGAGUGCUUGCAGGCCAGUGUUUCCCAGUUGUCAGUGUUUAUACUACAUUUUUUUAGAUUUGCCUUGAGACAGUCUUUAAACCUCAUUUGUUGACCACCAGCAUUACGCUUUCCACUUUUAAGUUUGGAAUAGAGUAGUUGCUUUGGAAGACGAUCAUCAGGCAUCCACACAACAUGACCAGUUCAACGAAGCUGAUGUUGAAGAAUCAUUGCUUCAACACUGGUGAUCUUUGCUUUGUACACUGAUAUUAGUUUGUCUGUCUUCCCAAGUGAUGUGUAAAAUUUUUCGGAGACACUGUUGAUGGAAUCUUUUGAGGAGCUGGAGAUGGCAUGUAUAAGUGGUCCAUGUUUCACAAGCAUAUAAUAAGGUUGGUAGUACAGUAGCUUUGUAAACAAAUAUUUGGGUUUCCCUGCGAAUGUCCUCAAACACUCUGCACUUCAAUCGGGAGAAAGCCACACUCUCAGAGCUCAGGCAAUGCUAGAUUUCGGCAUCAAUGUUGGCCCUUGUGGAAAGAUACCGGUAACUGAGUAUCAGCAAAUGGGAACCAGUGAUCAGGGAUGAAGCUCAGUGGUUCAUUGUUUUCCAUAUCAUUUAAAAGGUAACUGGGAAGUCUACUUGCUUGCACACCUUGUUUGGGAGUAGAAAAAAAAUUCAGUGCCUCCUGUCCUAGAUAUAAUAAUUAAAGACCCAAUUUGAAAUCCUUACUUUGCUUAGAAUUAGUCUGCAAGAUUUGCUGUGCCAGCGUAUAAUCAUGUAAGGGUAGAGUGGAAAUGCACAUAUCAGUUGUUAUGUCGGUACAAUGUCACACGGUAAGACAUGAUACUAAUUCUGGCACCCGGCCAACACUAUAUCAGUGACUUGUCCUAAGGUACCCCCUGAAAGCCUCACCUUCUGUCUUUUUAAUUGCUUUAGAACUGAUUCACUCCCUGAAACAAUGCUUCACAUUAAGUAUGCACUGUCAGUUUAGGUUGGCCCUGUAGAAGUUGUGCACUGCAUACUAAUUAUAUGUAAAGUGAACUUUCACUGGGAUCAUAAACACAUAACACUUUAAUGUGCAGUUAAGUGAGAGAAUUAGAGCUUUUUAUCGCAGAAUUGUAUUUAAGGCCUUAAUUCACCUGUUAAAUGUGAACAGAUUUCAUGCCACUCUACCUUGACUUCUACUGCAGAACAUUCUCUGCAGCUAGGAGCUGUCACUCCAGGGCAGAGGGAAAUAGAUUGAGAAGGAUGGCUUUGCAUGGCCUUCUUGUUGUAGGCUCUAGGUUGUUUCUUGGUGGGUAGUGCUCUUGCACCCAUUGUCUUACCCUGUUAUGCUGGCUGGCCAUCAAUGAUGUACACUGCAGUGACAGGCUUUGCUUUUGUUUUAAAGUAAGUAAACAUUGUAAUAUAAUAUGAAAGACAACUGGCAGACUUCAGUUUGGGAUCUGCAUCUUCCAUGUCCUCAUGAACUUUCAGCCUCAUCUAAUGUUCAUGUGGAAUCAUGGGUUCUCUAGGUUUAUUUUGAUGAGCAUAAUAAAAAUUGUUAUCCUAUGUUUGAUUGGGGGAAGGGGCUGGCAGGAGCGGGGAGGUUACCCCAUGGAGUGUAGGAUAAGCUUCCUUAAGUACAGUAUUAUUGUCCAUUUACUAGCAUUACUUCCAUAUUAUGGGUUGCAAAAGGAGAAUGUGGAAAUCUAUAGGAAGAAAGUAAGGCAGUAUUUUGGGAUGUGGGUGGCGCUGUGGGUUAAACCACAGAGCCUAAGACUUGCCGAUCAGAAGGUCGGCAGUUCGAUUCCCCGCGAUGGGGUGAGCUCCCGUUGCUCGGUCCCUGCUCCUGCCAACCCAGCAGUUCGAAAGCACCUCAAGUGCAAGUAAAUAAAUAGGUACCACUCCAGCGGGAAGGUAAACGUUGUUUCCGUGCGCUGCUCUGGUUCUCCAGAAGCGGCUUAGUCAUGCUGGCCACAUGACCCGGAAGCUGUACACCGGCUCCCUUGGCCAAUAAAGCAAGAUGAGCGCCGCAACCCCAGAGACGUCCGCAACUGGACCUAACGGUCAGGGGUACCUUUACCUUUACCUAAUCUGAUUUAGUAUUGUAACUUUUGUAUGUUUUAAAGUAGGGUUAUAAUCCCCCCUUUUUUUCUUUUUUAAACUACUUUGAGAAUUUUUAUAAUCAAGCGGUGUAUAAAUCUUACUAAAUAAACAAAUAAAGUAGAUAAAUAAAGUAAGGGCUGUUUGCCAGAGUGCUCUUGAAUGGGAUCACGGGCAUGAACUGGGUUAUUCUGACCAUGCUGUAACAUACAAUGCCUAAUAAAAGCAACUGAGUUGAGCAUUCCUGGUGCUGUGUCCCUUUGUGUAAGGAAGAGGAGGGAGCGGGAGCAGGGACCCUUUGCGGGGCCCCUGGAUGCCCAACCAUCUCCUGCAGAGUGGUGCAAACAGGCAGCUAGGCUGGGCCAAGAUCUCCAGCAGAAAUUCCUACAGGGCCCCCUCCCCAAGUAAAACAAUAUGCAAAUAACACCAACAUUAGUUGUCUGAGAACAUAUUGUGCUUCAUGGCAAGGUUAACUAAUUUAUAUGUGCAAAAAAAUUAAAUUGCCUGUUGGGGACAUUAAUAACAUUUUUUCUGGAACAAAGAAAACCAGGUCUGACUGCCAGGGGCGUAGCUAGGGGUGGUGAGGUGGGCCCCCACCAGGGGUGCAGGCGGUGUACAUAAAUAUAAAUAUAAAUAAUUGCCUCAUAAGCAAUGGUUUUAAGUAGAGGGUGAAUUGAAUGGGUGGAGUGGGGGGGGGGUUGGAGGCGAAGGAGAAAGAAGAGCUAAUUUGUCCGUGGCCAGGGAGCGCAAUCUGGACGGUUCUGCCAGGGGCGCAAGAUCACCUAGCUAUGGCUCUGCUGACUGCCUUAAUAGCCAGCUCACUGGCAACUGUUUUCACCCUAGGGUUUUUUGUUGUUUUUUUAAAGAAUGCUUGGCAUAUAAUGGUAUUGGAAUAAUAAUGCUCUUGGAAUACAGUACUAAUGCUUAUAUUUAUACUGUAACCUAGUUUCCCCCUGUUCGGCAGACAGUUUCUGAGUCCACACUUGUACAGACUUCAAUUUAGUAAAAUUAAUUCCAGAGCUGCCUAAAAUACAUGUUAUCCCUUGCUUAUUGGUGUUUAAUUAGUGUACUUCAUCAAAAAGAUUUGACUUCCAGUCUAGGUUCAGCUUUAUGUCAAUUGUAAAACAAGUAUGGUUUAAGAUGGAAAGCCCAGACAAUCAGUCCAGGGAUCAAGUUAGGGCAAAACAAAGAGCAUACCAAGGUUUGGUGCAUGUGACUGGUCUGCUUGUGGCACAUACUUUAUUUCCCUUCUGCGUUGGUGGUUCCUGAGGGCUGAAGAUCAGUUGCUGUAUAUGAAGUGAUACGCCUAUGUCUGAACUAGGCAACUUCAGACUGUAGGUGGUGGUUUGCAUCUCUAUCCCCUUCCUAGCCACAUGAAGAAAGCCACCAGAUGUUCACAUGGUGCAGUCUCAACCACUCUUUAGGAAGCACCUUGUGUUUUAUCAGGUAUGCUCUUGUCUAUAUAGCACACGAACCUGUGUCUAACACAGAGGCUCACAGAACUAUUACUUCAGAGAAGUGCCUUUUACAGAAUAUGGGGCAGGCAUUUAGAAACCUUUGGAAAGACUAAAUGAACUGGCAAGGGGAAAGAUCACAUGAAAAUGCCUGUGAUCCAAAUCUCACAAGGGUUACAGGUGAGUGAGAUUCAUAAAAUAAGAAAGGUAAAGAGAAGUGAAAACCUUAACUGCACGGUAGUUACCUGCCUCGUGGAAGGAGGAGCAAAGAAAAGCGAUUUGGGGGAUUUUCACGGGGAUUGAAGGAUCCAAGAUUGCAUUCUCCAGAUGGGUCUGGAGUGGCUGGGAAAGAGAGAGAGAGAGAGAGAGAGAAUGUGGUAGGACAGUAUUAUUUUCACUCUCCGUUUAUUGUAUGCAGUACUGGUUCUGUUCUGCAGCAGUUCAUCUUCUGCCAUAAACUAUGUUAUUGAUCUCAUUGUCUGUUGUGAAAUUAUGUAUCUUACGUCAUGAUUAUGUUCUGCUCCAUUCAUUUCAACACACACACACACACACACACACACACAGAGUGUGUGUGUGUGUGUGUGUGUGUGAGAGAGAGAGAGAGAGAGAGAGAGAGAGAAUAGGUUGUGGGGGACUGUAAGUGCUUGAGUAUUGUUCACAGGAGUGAAUAAUAAUAUUUGCUGGAUUGAUUUCUGUUCUAGACAUGGGACCAAUAAGUGAAUAUGGGCAAUUCCCAUAUGUGUUUUCCUUGGAAUUCAUAGACAUCUCUAGUGGGGGGGGGCGCUUUUGUUCAGUCUGUUUCUAAGAUUCUCCCCCAAUGGGCUCAGGCUUAGCUUGGCCACAUCUGAUUCCACUCUGGAUUCCUUGGAAACCUUAGCAUAUGGUUCAAAAAAUAGCAAAAGCUUUUCUUUUGGUAGAUGUGGGGUUGUGCUUCUACAACAAAGGAUGUGACAAAGAGAACAAAGGGAAACAAAGGUAGGAUGUCUAGCUGAGCAAAAAGGAUUUCUUCUGCCAUAGAUACCCAUGGAGCAAGCUUAGAAGAAAGUGACACGGCGCAGUCUUUUGGAAGUUUCCAAAAAAAUUGAAAAGACUAAUGUGCCCAUUUGCAAGACAUUAAUUUCCUGCUAUGCAUCUCUCUGUCAGAGUAUGAUACUGUAAAGGACUGGUAAAGAGGACAUUACUUGUGCCCUUUGUCAUGCCAUGACACAAUAUAAUUCUUCCCCCAGAGAGUCAUUGGGUACAAUUUUUUUCUUACUUGUAAAAGAUGUCGACACUUUCUCAGGAUAUUCAGACAAUCCAAUUACCAGGAGUAGGUGCUUGCAGGAGGAUGCAUCUUAAUUACUAUUUGGAAAUUUGGGUGGUGGUGUUCCAGGAAAAGCUGUUCCGUGUCACCUCCCAAAUUCUCUCCCCACAAAGGUGUCUAUAGUGUCUUCAUUGUACAGCCUUUGUAAUAUGCUGAACACACACCUCUGGACCCUGGCCUUUGACAGCUGAGAUGACCUACGCUGUAUUUUUGCUAUGUUAAGUAUUGGUUUUACUUGCUUUCAAGUUGCAUCAUUGUUUUGUAGUAAUCUUCCAUGAGACUUAAUGGUGAAAGGCAGGUUAAGAAAUCCUAAAAUAAAUGAAAAUUAGAUGAAAAUGUGAACUUGCACUAGAUAUGGCAGAGAUUUCUGGGAUUAAUUGGGUUAGCAUUUGGUUUCCAUGGAGAAAUUCCCCUGGUGUGAAGAACUAGAGUUUCUCCCACAAAAGUUUAAUUUAUAGUUUGCUUGAGCUGUCUCUGAUCACACACACUUGAGCUGUGAUCUUUGUUCAGAGUGAAACAGAAAUGCACGUGCAGAGUUCCAACGGAACCCAUAUUUGUUGGUUUUUCUUCCAGGCCUUCUCCAAUUCACUGAGAUUUUAACAUAGUGUCUUAGUGUGUCUGAGUGCCUUACUCAGUUCUUCCUUUUUCCUCAUGUGUUUAGACUGUCAGACUGCUGGCAGCAUUUUGUGAUUAAUUCUGUGGUGUUUUCUGCAGGGCUUAAUAAUUCAUACCUGUCUAAUUUUAAUAAUGUAAUGAGAUGAGAGUUGGUCUCAAGGAUCUCCCACCACCCAUUUACAACUCUGCUUGUGGGUCAAAGCAGUUGGGCAAGUUUAAUGGGGCAGAUUUCCUACUGUUGGGAAGAUCUGAUGCACUUGGCUGGUGACCCUUUGCAUCACUCAAGAUAGGGCAUGUUCAUCUACCUCAGUUUUCCCCCUUCUUGUGGUGGAUGAUGUCACCAAGCUGUUUGUGAAGAAGCUGCAGGUAUAGACUGAGAGACAGGCACUGAGAGUGGUGGAGCUCUCAGACAGAAAUCUGAUCUUCCUGAUGGCUUCCCUAGAAAUCUGGUGUGGAGCAGUGGAUUUGGGACACCUGUUGGAGUGAAGCAGUAGCAACACCUGCACUCAAGCCGUAUAUAACGAAUCAUGUAAUUGCAGAGCUGGAAGGGACCCCAAUGGUAAUGGAAUCCGUCUUUGGAGCUUUUAAAGCAGAGGUUAGGUGGCCAUCUGUCAAGUAGGAUCUAGAUGAGAUUUCUGUAUGGCAGGGGUUUGGACUAGAUGACCCUCAGGGUCCCAGUCUCUGAUUUUAUAGCUGUAAAGAUCCUUAACAGUACUUUGUCGAUUCAUUGCAAUUGCAUUUUAAAAUUGCUAUAAAUCAGGCUGGGGGAAAAAAGAUAAGGACCACAUGAAAACACUAUAAUGCAAUGUUCUAUCAUUACUGAAACCAGGAUCCUUUGUAAAGUUCGUAAGUAGAGGUACCACUGUAUUUGCUAAUCACCAACCAAAGUAAAGGACACCUUCCAGGGGGUACAGAGGCAGCCCUCCCGCUGCUUAGGUUUGGGACUAGGAGAUGGCUUUUGUUUGUGGGUUAUGUUUAUAUAAUUUGGUAAUUCUGAAAUUGUUUUUUGCUAAAUGAGCAAAGGGACGUAGAAUGCAUUUUAAAAAGAGAAUGCUGCCAGUAAACAACAUUGAACAAAUAUUUAGGAUCAAAAGUGGGGUUUUCUUCUAAGUAGACAGGUUUGCAUAACAUCUGUAUAACAAUGCAUUAGACUACAUCCAGCACAAGUCACAGGGGACGAAAUCCCACUGAAUGCUGAGGGACUUGUUUCUAAGGUAGCAGUGUCUCUGUUUCUCUUUUUUCUUUCCAGUUGUCAACUUCGGUUCCUGAGAUUUCUGCAUUUGCAUUAUGCAAUAUUAUUUAUUUAUUUAAAGGCCUCAUGAAGAUGCAUUUUAGUGGGAAUUUUUCCAAACAUGCAAAUUCUUUCAAGCCAUCUUCUAUAACACAGCACACUUUUGUAUUCUGGUUUUCACUAAUAUAUGCUGCUGUUAUUACUAGUGCUACUAUUAUUAUCAUAAUUAUUUUCUGUACUCCAGUGCCAAAAUAGAUUUUUAAAGUGAUUUACAAAGUAUAAAAACCAGUAUUGCAAUACUUCAGGUAUAAACGUCUUGAAACAUAGCGGAGGCAGGCCCUGAAGGCCUGAGCUAGGAGGAGAGGAGGAAAGGGAAGAGCACAAGUGGUUGGCAGGCUGAUCUCCACUGGCAAAACUGCUGCUGCCAUGCGGGGAGGGCGGAGGCAUCACCUGUGAAAAGGACACUGGGCUGGUGCUUGGAAAUAGUUGGGGUAGGAGAAAGAAAAGGGACCCGCUUGGCCAUGGGGCUGAGCAAGCUCCUCGUGGAAAGGAAGCAGACAAGGGCCUGUGCGUUGUCCUGCCUGGGUUUGCCUUGCUCCUACUCGCCUGUUCUUGUGCCAGCAGCAAUCAGUGCCAGAGAGGCAAGUACACUGUGCCCGCUACAUUGGCUCUGCUAGGUGCCUGGGAGAGGCUGCGCGCGGCUAAGCCAGGAAGCCAGGACAGCAAGCGGGAUUGCAGCACAGCGAUCCCGCUUGUGUCCUGGCUUAUGGGAAAGCCGCACGAAGCCUCUCCCUGGCAGCGGGAUGAAGGCUCCUGUUGCCCGGGAGAGGCUGUGCGCAGCUAAGGCUCCCCCAAGAGUCGCACUCCCUUUAAAGAGCACGUGGAGCAUGUGUGCGGCUCUUUAAAGGGAGCGCUGAGCAGAGCCUCCUGCCUGCAUUCGCUCCAUAAGACUCACACACAUUUCCGCUUACUUUUUAGGAGGGGAAAAGUGCAAAAUACGGUAUAUCUCCCUUGUGCAGCACUUUAUGUUGGAUGGUGAGGGCUGGGCCAUAGGGUGUGCCUAGGAACACUGUGGCAGAUGUAUUUUGCAGUGUUUUAAUGGACCCAUAAUUUUAUAUGUUAUGUCUUUUUAUUAUUCGUUUUGCAAAUCGCUUUGGGAUUUGCUAAAUUCCUUAUACAGUGGUACAUCGAGUUACAAACGCCUCAGGUUAGAAACGCUUCCGGUUACAAACUCCGCUAACCUGGAAGAGUUACCUCGAGUUGAGAACUUUGCCCCAGGAUGAGAACGGAAAUCAUGUGCAGGCAGCGCAGCGGCAGCAAGAGGCCCCAUUAGUGAAAGCACGCCUCUACUUAAUAACAGUUUGAGAUUAAGAACGGACCCCCGGAACUAAUUAAGUUCGUAACUAGAGGUACUUCUGUAUUUGCUAAUCACCAACCAAAGUAAAGGAUGCCUUCCAGGGGGUACAGAGGCAGCCCUCUCACUGCUUAGGUUUGGGACCAGGAGAUGGUCUCAAACCUGAAUAGGGCACAGCAGGUAUAAACUAGCAGCAAGGAAGAAAAAUGCCCUCUGCUUCUCCUUUUCCCAUCUCAGUUGGCCAGAGAAGCACCACAGGGCUCCUCUGACAGACUGGCUAGAAUCCUAAACAGAAGCACUUUUAGGGACCAGGAGCCUGUGGCUGUCCAUAAGAACGUACAGAGUCUGCUGAUCCAGGCCAACGGACCGUCUCGUCCAGCAUCCUGUUCUCACAGUGGCCAACCAGAUGCUCGUGGGAAGCCUGCAGCAGGACUUGAGCAAAAGAGGCGUGGUUUCCACAGUGGUUUCCAGUAACUGUUAUUCAGAGGCCUUACUGCUUCCAACCUGCCAGAUACUGUUGGCCCAAACUCUCGUCAUCACUGACCAUUGGGCAUGCUGGCUGGGGCUGAUGGCAGUUGGAACCCAACACUUGGAGGGCCACAGAUGCUCCAUCCUUGACCUUUUAAUGAUAGUUUUCUGGUUGUUUCAUGUAGUAUUUGCAGUAGAGCCAGUCUGGCAUAGUGAUUAGAGUAUUGGACUAGGACGUGGACCAUUGGGGUUCAAAUCCCCCCUCACCCAUGAAGCUCAUUGAGUGACCUUGGGCCAGUUGCUCACUGUCAGUCUAGUCUACAUCACAGGGUUGUUGUGAGGGUAAAAUGGGGAGGAGGAGAUUAAGUACAGUGGUACCUCGGGUUACAUACUCUUCAGGUUACAGACUCCGCUAACCCAGAAAUAGUGCUUCAGGUUAAGAACUUUGCUUCAGGAUGAGAACAGAAAUCAGGCUCCGGCAGCGCAGCAGCAGCAGGAGGCCCCAUUAGCUAAAGUGGUGCUUCAGGUUAAGAACAGUUUCAGGUUAAGAACGGACCUCCGGAAUGAAUUAAGUACUUAACCCGAGGUACCACUGUACACCAUCUUCAGCUCCUUGGAAGAAAGAUGGGAUGUAAAUGUAAAUAAUGCUAAUGCAACCUUCAUUGGUCAUCCACACCAUCAAGAAGUGCAUCAGGCGUAUGGUAAAGUGCAGUGUUGUUUUUCUGGAUUGCAGGGUAAUGCUUACAGAGACAGGCUUGUGGCAAUCAGACUAAUUCAAGUCUUGAUAUCGGGCGCAGCAGUGUUAUAAGUGGGGCGGGGGGGGGGGAGUACUUUGCUACUUGCGUGUGAGCAUAACUUACACCCAGAUCAGGCAUGCAGCCAAGGCUUUCCACAUCCCUUGACUGAUUUUUACUAAGUAGUUCAUGAGUUGUCUAAAUACAUGGGAUUUACAAAACCGCUUAUAAAAUAUUUGUUAAAAUAAUUCAAGACUUCUCUGAACCUCUUGUCCCCUUCUCACCCUGAGUUUCCACUCACACCCUGCUGGUUUCCCUGAAACAGAGUUGAAGUGCAGCUAGGCAAAUCUAAGCAUCUAGAUCAUGAACCAAGACCAUAAAACCUGAAAGUUGACCUAUUUUUAUUUAGAUUAGUUUGGCUUUUGUUGUAAACAAAUCUCUUGGAAGUGUUCAGCACAUACUGUGCCCUCUAUGCACUGAAUAAAAAAUAAUCAGGAAGAAGGAGUUAGAUAAAUUUGCUAUAAAUUGUUGUGGUGUUUUGGGGGCUUAAUCUGAAACCAAGCUAGAUUUGGGUUGGUGUCUCUGGUGAUUUCUCUCUCUUACAUCAUGGAUGUUGGCAAAUUGGAUUUUUAAAAGGCAAAAUAAUAUUAGAAUUUGAGUUGUCAGAGAUGCACAAGGGAAAAUAUUUCAGUGCUCAAGAACCUGGCAAAGUCUUUUAUUAACACUAUUGCCUAAGGGUAAAGGUAAAGGUAAAGGACCCCUGGACAGUUAAGUCCAGUCAGAGGCGACUAUGGGGUUGUGGUGCUCAUCUCGCUUUCAGGCCAAAGGAGCCAGCGUUUGUCCACAGACAGCUUUCCAGGUCAUGUGGCCAGCAUGACUAAACUGCUACUAGCACACACAGGAUCAUGACAGAAACCAGAGCGCACAGAAAUGCAGUUUACCUUCCCACCGCAGUGGUACCUGUUUAUCUACUGGCACUGGCAUGCUUUUGAACUGCUAGGUUGGCAGGAGCUGGGACAGAGCAACGGGAGCUCACCCCAUCGCGGGGAUUCGAACCACUGACCUUCUGAUUAGGAAGCCCAAGAGGCUCAGUGGUUUAGUCCACAGCGCCACCUGUGUCGCUUUUACCUUACUAUUGCCUAAUGCAAGUCUGUCAUGGCCUUUGGCUAGAACAAUAAACUUAUGAACUGAUAUUUAGAACGCUGAUGUGUUUUUAGUUUAUUGCUAGCUUAUACUUUUUCCGAAUGUUUUUUAAAAACCAAUAAACUUGCUGUUUUAUUCCUUUGUAAACUGCUUUGAGGUUUUCUACAAUCAAGCAGUCUAUAAAUUUUAUGAAAUAAACAAAUGCCUGUCAUGGUUUGGUGAAGAAUGGAAUAUAGAGCUUGGCAACACAGGAGCCCCUGGUCCAUCUGUCUCUUCACUGACUGGGUUUCAGACAGGCGUCUCUCCCAGGCCUUCCUGGAGAUGCUGGGGACUGAACCCACUGCACUGUGGCCCUUCCCCAGUCUAACUGUAUGGAACAAUCUGCAUAUUUGUGUCAUUUGCCUCACUUUUCAGACACUCGGCAAAUAUUUCAGUGGGUCCUAUGGAGAUUUCAGGUGACCUAGCAGCCCUACAGGUGGGGCAUGGCUCAAAGGUGUAUGUGUGUCAGGGGUUCCUUGAAUUUUUAAAUGAUUUUUUAAAGCUAUCUGGAUUAUAAAGUUAUUCCCCAUAGUAGGCAGAGGGUAAUAUUGAACUUUCAUUCAUUUUCAAGAAUUCCACCUGUUGAUAGGGUAGAAUUUCUCUGAUAAGUUUCUCUCCAUGAUUGUCAUUACUAAAUUGGAACCAAAGGUUUUUAAUCUUUUUAAAAAAGAACAUGACCACUAUUAAGUGAUAGCCAGCACCAUCUGUUCAUUGUACAAAUGUAAAAUAGCUGCCAGGUAUUAAUAUUGUGUCAAGCAAGUGGAGAUGUGUUCUGUCAGUUCAGCAUUUCUUCCGUAUCUCACUCAAUUCAUCUGCUAUUAGGAAGGCUGUGAACUUUCUUCCUAUCUCUAGGCAUAGGUUAGUGUGAGUGAAUUCUAAACGCUAGAGUUUAGGUCAGCACAGAUUAAUCUGCAAUGUUCUGAGAUAAGGAAGGAAAUAAUUGUGCAAACUGAUCUCAUGCACAAUAUUAAUGCCAACUGUGUUCAGUCCUACAACAUGUGCUAAUAGCUACACAUAGGUAUCUCCUAUGUGUGGUACUAGUUAUUGCAGAUAAUUAUUUUUGCCUCCCAAAGUAUCUGUUUGAGGUUUAAUAUUUCUUUUCAGUCCCAGAAAACUUGGAUUGAAGGUGUCUUCUGUAAAAGAGAGUGUGCAAAAAUCGUGCCAAGUUCCAAAGAUCAUCACAGGUACUUUGUUUUGUUUUGCUUUGUUUUGGUUGAAUUGUACAAACAACAAGAAGAUAAAAAUACAAUUAAAAACUUCUAAUUCACUCUUUAACAAUGUUGGUUUUCCUUGAAUAAAUAUAGGCCCUUCUAGCUGCUACAAAUAUGACCAUAAUCUAGUUAACUUCAGCCAUAUUUUCAUUAUGAAUUUGAGGCUCUAUAUCAUGUUUCCCUUAAAAUGGCAGUCAUACUUUGUACAGUAUCAUUUAUUUGUUUUCUGACAUGUUUAUCCUACCUUUCUUGCAUCAUGGAACCCUCUCUGACAGAGCCAGUCCUGCUCAGCUUCAGUUAGGUGUUGGCCUCAUGUGGCUUCAAACAUUUAUACACGGCACUGCAGGCAACAUAUUUCCAGUGUGGAACCCACAACCCAGGAGUAUCAUAAGAACCACCCAGAGAGGGGCUGCGACCCCUGCCCAGUCUGCUCACCGCCCCCCCCGCCUAGCAAUGCCUUUGCCACCCCUCCUUCCCACACACCUGGCCAACUUCCCCUCCCUUUACACCUUACCCAGUUUCACCCAAUCAAUUAUUUGACUGCUUUGAAAUAUACAAUACAGGUGAUUUUGACAGGGAUAGAUGUAGUAUUGAUUAUUAAUUAUUUAAAUCAGUGUAGCAUGCAUAUUUAGGAAGUCAAAGUUAGAAACAAUGGCUCUGUUUUUUGUUUUUUUUUACUAACCUUGAAGUUGUUCUUGAGCCAUUACAUUUUUGCAUUUGAACCUUUCAGUAAGUUACCGACAAUGUUGUCCAGGUAAGACAUUGUGUAAAAAGUGUUACUCGGGUUUUUUGUGACAGUGGUGCAAUGAAACGCUUCAGAUGAAUGGUCUGCCUUUUUGAAGCCUAACUUUUUUUUUUUUUACAAAUGUAACUGUACAACAUACUGCUGUUUUUAACUUCUUUUUCAGAUGUCCCGCAAGAUGCCAAGUGUGCCAGAACUUAAUUCGGUAAGACCUCAUACGAUUUGGGACUGUAUUUUUUAAAAUAAAGAAUGGGUGUGAAAUAUUCCUAACCAAGGAUGUGUCCCCUACUAAUAUAAAUGGUUGACAGCAUUUCAGUCAGCUGCUGGAGGAUUUACGGUACUAGAAAUCCUGCUGCGGUCAAUAAACUAGAUGUGGCAUCCAGAGACUUCCAUGCACAGCUGGUGCCUCCUGUUGGAUAUGGGAAGACAAAGAAACAAAAAGAGAGUGCAAGCAGGGAGCUACGCCUGCAUAUUAGAGAAAGUUUGGUGUGGAGGGAUAAAACAUUGGUGCUUCCAGGUGGAGGCUGUAUGUUGCAAACCAUAGCUUAGUGCUAGAGCAUCAGCUGUGCAUUUAGAAUGUCCCAGGUUUAAUCCCCAGUAUCUUCUGGUCAAUUUGGGAGAGACACCAACCUGAAACUCCUCCUCCAGAGGUCCUGAUUCCAAUGGAAUAUCCUCACACCUGCUAUAAACACUUAAAAAUAACAGGAGGAUAUAUUAUUCACAUCUAGUUAUAUUGUCCACCUGUCCUUCAUAACAAAACAGCUGUGAAAAGCUGCAGGCAUCCAGAUUAUGCUAUUCUAUGCAUAUAUAUUUGAAAAAUUGCCAUAUUUUCUCUGUCUUAUCCUUCCAUUCAAUCUGAGUUUUCCAGUUAGAAAUCUCUGGAUUGAUAAUUUAAGAUGUUAACAGGAGCCUUAACCUGCAAUUUGCUUAUAAUUUUAACAAGAUAUUCGUACAGUGCAAGGUGUAAAACUUGAGAAAUGGCUUACAGCAUUCUAGUACAAUGCAUUAAUGUGAGCUAGUCACUGUUUAUAUGUAGUAGUUCAGAAAUGCAUUUAAUUAAUUUAUGCCAAUGUUAUGAGUUUUUUUUUUGGUCUUUUUUAAAAGGUGUUGUUGUGGACGGCUAAUUGGUGACCAUCAUGGGAUUGAUUGUUGCUGGCCCAUCUGUCGGUCUGCACAAGAAGUAGAGAACAGGGAAUGGUGUGUCCAAAGGGACACAAAGACAAGUCCAACUGAUGCAUUUGGUACUAUUAAUUUUCAAGACAGUGAUCACACUUACCAUGCCAAGGUGCGUACACACUUUGAAACAGAGCUGUAAUAAAAUAAUUUUCUCAGUUAUUUAGCAUAAAAACAACCAACAGUGCUAAACAUAAAACUGCUGGUGUUAGAUAAAAAUCCAGUAUAAGUUGGUAUGAGUUUGUUCCAUGCCAUCUCAUAAUUUGAUGACUACAAUAUCAAGAGAUAUCAUGCAUGUGUCUAAAAGAUCAAGUACCACCAUCCCAUAUAAUAGAGUGCUUCUGACAACUUCCAUCAUCUCUGGCAUAAUACUUUUGAAAUUAAAGGAGUGAACAUAUUCACCUCUGAAUGAUGAGACAAAAAGAUAAACACACAUGAGUUACUCAGCUAUAUAUUAAGUGAUAGUGUACUUUAGUUCCUCACCAUAAUCAAUGGAUUUCUGUUCCUGUGUUUGAAAGGAACAUUAUGCUAACCCAUUAGGUGUGUGUGUGUGUGUGUUUCACUGUGAUGAUUUUGAAAACAGGCCAAUUUAAAAAGUUGGAAAUGUUUGAACUAUUAGAGCUUUCAGCAAAUUGAAGAGGUUAGGACUAAGAUGAUAUCUUCUCUCUAUAAAAUAUAUGCUACCUUUUCUCUCUGCGUAAUUCUAACAACUACAGUUUAUUUUUUCAGUAUAUUAGAACUUCUUAUGAUACCAAGGUGGACCAGUUGUUGCAACUCAUGGUGAAAGAAUGGCAGAUGGAAUUGCCCAAACUGGUCAUUUCUGUUCAUGGUGGCAUCCAGAACUUCAAACUUCCAUCUAAACUUAAGCAGCUUUUGAGCAAAGGCUUGGUCAAAGCUGCUGAGACCACAGGAGCAUGGAUACUAACAGAAGGCAUCAACACUGGUACAGUAAACUCUUUUGAAAUGUAAUGUUCUCUCUGAGGAACAUAGAAACACAGAAAAUUGCCUUAUACUGAGUCGGGCCUUAGAAUUGUCUAGAUUAUUGAGGAUUUCAGGUAGGAUUUCCCCCCAUUCUGCAUGAAGAUGCCAAGAAUUGUGCCUGGAUCCUUUGUAUGCAGAGCAGAUGCUCUACUACUGAGUUAGGCCUCCUCUCAUAGCUUUGGUUUCUUAGAUGACAGGCAGUUUGUGGCUGGUUAGCUUGUUAGAGCUGCCUGUGUGCAGUUUGACCCUUCUGUGCCUUGGUCAUAUGGAAUAUUUGGAUCUGUGUAGUUUGUUAUGGUUUCUGGGAAUUUUGCUUUCUGAGGGGUCUCCUGACAACCUGUGAUCUUACUAUAUAAAUUUUAUAAAUUUAAUAAAUAAUCAUGAUAUAAUAAUAACUCUCAGCACCCUUAACAAACUACAGUUCACAAAAUUAUUAGGGGGAAGCCAUGACUGUUAAUAGUGUAAAUGUAUAGUGUGGAUGUAAUAACUAUGUGGUUGAAAAAUAUUGUGUUAUUCAAGAAAUACAGUUCACAAUUUUGUGGAGAAGUCCCACAAAUUCAACAUUUUUCCAUGGUACUGUAGUUGUAUGUAACUCCACCAUGUUCUUAGGCUAUGAUCUACCGGUAUUUCCUUUUUGCAGUUUGGAUGUGAUGUACAUUUCUUACUUAUUUCUGUCAGUUUGCAUUUCUUGGUACAGAAAGUAUUGAUCUAAUGUUUAGAGAUCUUUCCUAUUCUAAUUAAUUCAAGAGGGUUCUGGAAGCUUCUCUGUGUCAAAGAAACAAGCAGAAAGUUCCUGAUGUUUGGGUUAUUCCUUCAGAGAAGCUGAGUACAGCUGGCUUAAACUGGUUUUGUUCUCUUCUGACAAGGUCAUGCUGACUAUAAUAGUAAGGCCAGAAGGAGCCUGGGUUUUACUCUCUCUGUGUCUUUUCUUCUGGUGUGGUGUUUUGUAUAAGGUGUGAAGUUUUGGUCUUAUUAUAAGUUAUUGUAAGUUUAAGUCUGCUGCAACUGGACUUCUUAUGGAUGGUGUCAAUUUGUGACCAUUAUGCUCAUUUGCCUUCAGUAGCAGUAAAGCUCUGCUGGAUGAAACACAAUUGCCUCUGGUCUAUUGUUUGGGAAUCCCACAACAUGUUUAAGUUUUUAACCUGCUAACUAUACACUGGAGUUCUGCUCUGGAUCAAUACUGAGUAGAAUCCAUGACAAUUUCAUGUCUAGACCGCCUUUCAUCUAAGUAGAUCACAAGGCAAUGCACAAAGAAUUAUAUGCUGUGAGGGCAAGAUGCCAACUGUUUUGUAAUAUUAAUGAUGAUGGUGAUAAUAUUUCUAGGUGUGUCUAAGCAUGUGGGAGAUGCCUUGAAACUCCAUGCCUCUCAGUACUUAAGAAAGAUCUUGGCUGUUGGAAUCCCCCCUUGGGGUAUCAUUGAGAACCAGAGGGACCUCAUUGGAAAAGAUGUGAGUUAAUGAAUGCUCUUUGUUUUCUUGUUUUAAGUGCACUCUUUCCCUCAGUCCCAAAGAGUGUAGGGGUUUGCCUGUAGGGAAGAGCUCUUUCGCGUCUACAAACUUGCAUCUCCAGCAAAGAGGGUGUUUUAUGCAAUUAUUCUUGUGUAACUUGCCAUCAGAUGCAAAUAUGUAAUUUAUGCAAUGCUGAUAUAUAUGGAUAUUAGUGGCAAUGGGAUAGAAACUAUUGUAUGGAUUACCUCAUAUCUAAGGUGCUUCCUAGAUGGGUGUUUAUUGUGGAAAUCGAAGCAAUUUUUUCACAGUAUCUAUAUGAUGACAUAAGCAUCAAAAUGCCAACCUAUAUUCCUCCCCCCAUUUCAUCUAGACUGACCCUGUCCUGAAAACAACCUAAUCUUUAAUAAAGCCUAUUUGUUACCUGUUUGCAAUAGCUGAAUGACCUGUUUUCAAAAUUAAGCCCCUGUUUGGAAGUACUCUUCAACACAAGGGGGGAAUUCAACAUGGUGCUGAGAAGAUUGUUUCAUCAGCGCAAGCGUUUCAUGCAAUGAUCUCCCCUCUUCUAUCCUUGUGUAGUGUUUGGGGAAGUUUCCUCAAGCCAGUUGGAGGAGUGGGGGGGGGAGAGACGGGGGGGGGGGGAAGCCCCCACUGUGCUUCUGUUGCACUGGCUUCCGCUAGUGGCACUCAUUAGUUGAAUCUGGCCCACUUUUAUUUGUUGUAGACCCAUUGAAAUUAAUUGACCUAACUUAAUCAUUCUUAUUAAUUCCAGUGAGUCUACUCUGAGCAAAAGGUAGUUAAAUACCACCCAUAACCCUGUUGUACUUCAGGAAGGAUACUAUUAUUCUGCUAUUUGGAGACUGGAUUGGUGCUGAUGUAGAAGCAGUGCUCUUUUUCUAAAAAAAAAUAUUUAGGGGUACUCUCAUUUUCCUACUCACAUUGAAAUACUCCACCUCAAUGAGGCCAAACUUAGAUUCACAAAAUGUUUAGGGGUGUGUGUACCCCCAGAAAAAAAGUACUGUGUAAAAGAAUGUUGUUUUUAAAAUAGCAGUGACUAAGGAUCUCAGGUCUUCUGCCUUAUAGAAUAUCUAUGAGUACAAGGAUUAUUAGAGAAUACUAUGCAAAUAUAUCAAGAGCUGAUGCCAUGACUUCUUGUGAAAUAAAGCAAAUUAUUUCUCUAUUAGGCAAUAAAAAUGUCUAAAUCAGGCAGAUGUCCCACCCCCUUCCCAAAUGAGAAUGCUAGAGUAUUUUGGUGGGGCUGUUUUGUUUUGCUUUUACCUGGAUUCUCCUCAGGUAGUGUGCCUGUAUCAGACCCUGAGCAACCCUCUCAGCAAGCUGAGCACCCUGAACAGCAUGCAUUCCCAUUUCAUACUGGCUGAUGAUGGCACCGUGGGCAAAUAUGGCAAUGAGAUGAAACUCAGGAGGAAUCUAGAAAAAUACCUGUCACUCCAGAAAAUACACUCUAGUAAGUUCUCCUUGUUCUGGGUUCACUUUGUAAGAAGCUUCUUAUCUGAGGCACCACUGAUAGCUGGCUUUGCACGAAGAGAAGAGAAGUAACUUCUCAUGGAUACCAGCAUGUCAUGUUUCCCUACAGGAAAUUGGUGCUUGGAACGAAUCUUAGAUCUGUUUUACAAAUCUUUAGGGAGGAGCACAGUGGAAGCUUUUUGCACUGUCAUUCAGUAUGAUUUACUGUGACCAUUGACCACGGUGUAUUGUGAUAUGUGACUGUUGCCAAUUAAAAUUAAAGUUAAAAAAUAAGGCUUAAUCAAUUAGCAAUUGUUUUGCUAGAUUUUCUUAUGUCCCGAUUCAUUGAGUAGUACAUUUUUUAUUAAAAAAAUAAUACUGCAGUUUUAAUACUUAGUUCCAGCCACCUGUAGCUUUUAGAAUACAUCAUUUCUUCUCUGUCACACUUCCAUCUUCUAAGUUCUCCUUCUAAAAAGGAAAAACUAAUAAUGCUUUUUGCUUCAGAAUUAUCAAUGUUUUACUCACAUGCAUGUUCAUACAAAUUUAAUCAGUGAAAUUAAUAAUUGAGUAAAACAUUAUUUAAUUGACUAUUAAAAAACAAAACAGGCAAUAGCCCUACUUUUUGUCUUGUGAUUUUAAAAAAUCUUGAUGGGUACAAAAGUGGGUUAUUAUAUGCACUGUGGAUCUCUGCCCUGUUAACAUUUUCGAUGUGGUUUGAAAUAGGAAUGGGACAAGGAGUGCCCUUAGUUGGGCUGCUGGUGGAAGGUGGUCCAAAUGAGAUCCUGACCGUGUGGGAAUAUGUGAGGGACAAGCCGGCUGUCCCUGUAGUAGUUUAUGAGGGAACUGGGCGAGCGGCCGACCUUCUUGCUUUCACCCAUAAGCACACAGCAGAUAUGACGUGAGUACUUGCAGCUUGCAGCAUUUGCUUGCACUUGCCGCUUCAUUGCAAAAGAUGCCUUUAAUCAAACAAGGCUAUAGCUAAGAAAUCUUGGUGUUUUUUAAAAAAUAAAAACAUGGUUUAGUAAGAUUGUCUCUGAACCUCAUCGAGUGUCAGGUGAGCAUCUCAACUUCUCACUCUGGAGAAAGGAAAGAAGAAUUGCUCAGCCUUUUUCUAGGCCUUUUCCCAUGACCUUUCUGGCCCUGCUGCUGGUCCUUUCAUCUGCUGUAGCAUAGUAUUCUACAAAAUAUUACUCAGGCCCUAACUUAGUCAUGUUAAUUAAUUUCAAUGGGUCUUCUCUGAGUAAAACUCACUAGAUACCACCUGUUAUCUCUUUAUCAUACCUACCCAAUUUGCUUCCUGUGCUGCUAGCUAGUCACUUCCUUAUUUUACUUAUUGACUGAUGGGUAGUACUGGGAAUAUGUGCUUGGCAAAUGAUGAAGCUUCUGGUCACCACCGUUUUCUUUUUUGUGUCCUCACAGGGUGGUUCUAGAGAAGUAGCUGAAGUGGUCCAAUUGGUAGUGAAACUGGGAUGGUGGUCAAACUAUGAUUCUGAUGCUCUACAAGUGUUGUAGGGUACAUAUUCUGAAUAGCCCUAUUUUUCAAGAUUUAACUGUCUAAUACUUCCAGCCCAGUUUCACCAACUUCAGCAUAUUUCUUACCAUUCAGAGAUGUUUCUCUUAACCUAGAUUGGACAUUUUCACUGUUGAAAUUGUACUGCUCAUAUUAACGUUUGACAGUACUAUUUAUAAGCCAUUAUUCUAAACCACUGAGCCUCUUGGGCUUGCCGAUCAGAAGGUCGGUGGUUUGAAUCCCCAUGUCGGGGUGAGCUCCCAUUGCUUGGUCCCAGCUCCUGCCAACCUAGCAGUUUGAAAGCAUGCUAAAAAAAGUGCAAGUAGAUAAAUAGGUACUGCUCCAGCGGGAAGGUAAACGGCAUUUCCGUGUGCUGCUCUGGUUUCGCCAGAAAUGUCUUAGUCAUGCUGGCUACAUGACAUGGAAAAACUGUCUGCAGACAAACGCAGCUCCCUCGGCCUGUAAAGCGAGAUGAGUUCUGCAACCCCAGGUCAUCUGCGACUGGACUUAACUGUCAGGGGUCCUUUACCUUUACCUUUUUUUAUUCUUUUGGUGCUUCUGCAGUGGAAAUCUGGCAGCCCAUCAUCCAGAUCAACCACUAGUUGACCCAUCAUUACCUUGGGUUUAUCCUAUGGGUCCUUUUAAACUCUUCUUCCUCCACAAACUAUGCAUAUGUCAACAACAGUAAGUGGGACAGAGGCAACAUAAUUUGGCCAUCAGCCAAACUAGUUGCCAAUCACAGUUGUACAGUGCUGAUUGACUGUUACUUAGGUGGAAUGCCUGUAACCAACUAAGUAUGUGUAAAGUAACCAUUCUAAAUUGAACGCUUUAUUCUUUUUGUGGACAUGCCUUGACUUCAGUUAUUUAGGGGUGAUGUUUCAGUCACUAUAUAGUGCAAGGGUAGACUCAGUGAUGCCCUCCAUAUUUUGGUGGACUCCAGAUCCCAUAAUCUCUGACCAUUGUCCAACAGGUUGGUGCUGAUGGGAGUUGUAGUCCAAUAAUGUCUGGAGGGCACAUACAUUGGCUGCCCUUGUGUAGGGGACAAGCAGUACAAAUAAAGAGAUGGGGGAAGCUUUUUGUGUUACAAAUUUGUUGAAAAAUAUUUACAGUAUUACAGUAACAGACAAUAAGUAUCUAUUGGUGAAAUAAUAAUUAUCUUUUUGUACAUACGUUUCUUUCUCAGGAAUUUGAGCCCUCAGCUUAAGGAAGAGAUAUUAUUAAUGAUUCAGAACACCUUCAGUUUGGGGCAGAAACAGUCCCACCACUUAUUUAAAAUGUUAAUGGAGUGCAUGGAACACAGGGAUUCUGUAAGUAUGAUAAAUUCAUGAAAUUCUUUUCAUUAAUCUCAUUCUCUAGAGUGCCAUUGAAUUUUGACUUGGGUUCAGAAGCUGUUCCACUAAAUUAAUCAUGUUUAGAAAAAUGAUUGCAGGUCACAGUUUACUGCCUAUCCUUUGCCCACCAUGUGCAAUAGUCUUGAAUUGUCUGGUGGUUUUCUCUCUUCUCUCAGUAAAAUGUUUUGUUAUUUUGACAGAUAACCAUAUUUGAUGCAGAGUCGGAUGAGCAUCAGGACAUUGAUUUGGCAAUCCUGACUGCACUCUUAAAAGGUACAUGCAUAUAAUAAUUUCUGCCUCUUUCUUCAAAGUCAUAGCAAUGCAUAAGAAUUACUUUUGAAGUAGAAGAGGAAAAACAUUUUGUAUAAAAUCUAAAAGAAUAAUUUCCUUUUUGUAGGAACAAAUAUGUCCGCUCCAGAUCAGCUAAAUCUGGCACUGGCCUGGAACAGACUGGACAUUGCUAAGAAGCAUAUAUUGAUUUAUGGACAGCACUGGAAGGUAGUUUUCACAUUUAUUUUCCACACAUUAUGGACAAACAUUUACAGUUGUGCUAUCUGUACUUAUUUGUCUUACUGUGUUUAAGGAGAAUAUUGGAGUUUACUCACCAGCAUUGAAAUGCAAAUAACUCCGAGAAAUUGCAAAAGUUAUGAAGAAAACAAUUAUUUCUCGCCCUUUCUUUACAUUUCCUGCACUUGUUUGAAGGUUGGGUCCCUGGAACAAGCAAUGCUUGAUGCUCUGGUGAUGGAUCGGGUAGAAUUUGUGAAGUUGCUAAUAGAACAUGGAGUGAAUCUGCACCGUUUUCUGACCAUAACCCGAUUGGAAGAACUGUACAAUACUGUGAGUGCCUGGAAUUCCAAUGCUGAAUACAUUUUGCUUAAAUAUUUAUCUACUUUGCUAAUAUUCAGAGGUAGCUCCAAUGGAACAAUAAGUCGUUUCUGCAUUUUUGCAUGCAUGUUUGAGCUUGUAGCACAGAAUCCAAAAAGCUGUUAUAAGUAUGCCUAGUUGGGUCGCCCCCCCCCCCGAACUCGUUGCAUAGUUCUGGUCAUAGGUUUUGGUGAGUGGCUGUUGUGUAGGUGCAUGCCUAGUUGUAUAUACUCCUGCAGAACUGCCUGUCAGGAUGGCUUUAUCCUAGAUGGAUGAAUGGGCAGAUGAAUCAAGCUACAAAGUAACGUCAUCUUCUGUUCUUCCUCUUUUAUCUGUUGAUCUAUUUGUUUCAUUGAAAAGAGAGCAGAUAAUGUUGUUUUCGUUUUGUUAUUCAAGACUGUUUGCAGCUUACUUCAUCAUCACAGCAGAGGCCUUGCUGAGGCUUCUGCAACAAUGAAUCAUUCAGAAUCUGCUCCCCAUCACAUCCCUCAUAAAACUGGGACACCUGAAAUCUAAAAUGGAUGUCAGUAUACAUUCUGAAAGUUUGGAAUGAUACAGAUUGGGAUGGGGACAGAUCUGAGUGCACCAAACAUAUUCCAGAACAGUUUGGGAAUUUCACCCUAUUAGUGUAAUGUAGUAUUCUACAAUAUAUUAAAAAUAAAUAACCCUUCAGUGCCUUGGUCCUUGGGUUUUGCUCUUUUGGAUGUAUUGGAUGUAUUAUGAAAAAGUGCUUUUCCUUCCACAAGUGUAACACUAACUAGACAAUCUGUUUAAUUUUCUAUUAGAGGAAUGGCAGAAAAUGUAAAGGGCAGGUUGCAAUGCCCCAAAGGCCAGUUUAAAAUCUAUGAGGGAGGCAUGCAGGAUAAGACAGCGAGGAUAAAAGAGAGACUAUUUCCUCUUGUAGUCUCACAGCCUCCACCUCUUGCCCAAUCUACCGUAUAUAAACAAAAAAAGAAGCAGUUUAGCAGGCAGGAGGCUCAUUUGAAGAUAGUGAUUCGUUGGUUGAUAGACUGAUCUGACAGUUCUGUUGUGAUCAUGGGCCGGAAAUGCAGCUGAAGAAUGUGCUUUCUCUUUUUAAAUACAGCUUUCUUCAGGCCAAGUCUUAAACAAAAUUAGUUGUUAAUAAAUAUUAAUGUACUAGCUGUCCUGUUUCUGAAUCUUUCUUUCAUAUAUAGUGAAAGUUUCUUUCUUUUAAUUUAGUCACUGUAUUCUUGUCAUUCCUCUUUUAACAUUCCAGAAACAAGGGCCAACAAAUCUUCUUCUGCGUCAUCUUGUUUGUGACGUGAAACAGGUAAUCUACAUUCUGAAGAAUGAUGAGCUAGAACUCCUUUGGAUGGUGGUUUUUGCCAUGAUCACAACUGAAUCACCACUUGCUCUAUGCUGUUUUAUAGUAUAGUCCUAACCUGUAUGAUCAACUUGGGAGCUGUGCAUAUCCAAUUGGCCCAACCAGACUAGCAGCAACUUCAGAAAUGUUAGGAAUAGCAACAAACACCCAUGCUAAGUAGAACUUGAACUGUUUUCUCCUUCUUUGGUGAUCACUCGUAGCUAAGUAAGAUUGUCUUCCAUGAACACAGUCUUAAUAGUGAGUCCGUAAGGGACUGUGGAGGCCGAUUCUGGAUCCACACGUCCUUCCACAGUGGGGACACAGGUUUUCGGGAGGGAGUUGAUUAGAGCUGCUAUCAGUGGGAUAUAUGUCAUCUGGGCACAGCCAGUCAAUAUGAUAAAGAUGUUGAAGGAAAAACAUCAUAUGUUUAAAUAUGGACAAUCUGAGGAAUGUGAUAUUGGCUACAUUUAUUUAGUAGCUCAGAUUAUAAAGUGUUUGUGAAGGAUUCUUGAUACAUGCUCUAAAGCACUAUUAAUAUGCUUACGUAUGAUUGUUAUAUAAAAUGUCAAAUAUUUGUGUUACAGAGUACUCUUCCUGUGGAUUAUAAAAUAUCUCUAAUUGAUAUUGGAUUGGUAAUAGAAUACUUGAUUGGUGGAGCUUAUCAGAGCAGCUACACAAGAAAGCAUUUCCGAGUUCUGUACAAUAGCCUUUACAGGAAACGUGAGGUAAACUCAGUAAAAUGGUCACAGCUGCUUCCAUCAGUGAGAGCUUAUGGAGAUAGAGUUUAGGGCAGGCAUCCCCAAACUCGGCACUCCAACUGCUUUGGGACUACAACUCCCAUCACCCCUAGCUAACAGGACCAGUGGUCAGGGAUGGUGGGAAUUGUAGUCCCAAAACAUCUGGAAGGCCGAGUUUGGGGAUGCCUGGUUUAAGGAAAUAGUAUAAUGUGUAUAUGUUAUUAAAGUUUGGGUAUUUAGUAAGGAAUCAGAAUUGAAAUACAAAAAAUGUGUUUCCACAUUCAGUUAAGCAUCAUAUUAAUAGAUAAUAAACUAGAAUGAUAAAUAAUAGAAAUAUAGCUAAUUUAACAAUAAUUUAGCCAAUUUAUUUUUGAUUUGAGAUGUAAUUGUUAAAUAGAAUUGUGGGGAUCAAUAUAUAUUUAUUGUGUCUUCACUGGAUAAAUGCUUGUUUACAAAAUAAGGCAGUAUUUGAACUUUCUGCUUCUCAUCUCUGACAUCAUUUUAAUACAUUUUGAUGCCUGUCUAAUAGAAUGCAAUUUGCUCACCUUGUGCAUUUGUGAGCCCAGAAAAGCCUUUCAGUAUCAGGUGGGAUGUUGGCUCAGGGCCCUUGAGGACCCUUUCUUCCUAUUUAGAGGAACCUAUUUUUCCAUUUAUCAUUUUGAGCUCAUGCUACUGAGCAGUGGUGGCUCUUUGUAGUACUGUGUUCGUCAGGAAUCAGGAUGCGAUAGGUUGACGUGGCAAUGGAGCGGUCAGGGGCAUGUCGCAUUGGCAGCAAUAGCCCUGCAGGUGUGCACACACCAGCGGGACUGCCGACCCUGUGUUCCCCUGACAUUGUAACAGCCUGCUGGAUCAGACCAGUGGCCCAUGUAGUCCAGCAUUCUGUUCUCACAGUGGCCAACCAGAUCCCUAUGGAAAACCCACAAGCAGAGCCUGCUAUAGUUUCCAGCAACUGGCCUUCAAAAGCAUUGCUGCCUCUGACCAUGGAGGCAGAGAAUAGCCGUUGUGUUGAUAUGUUGGAUGCCAGCUACCAACAGUCCAAGCCAGCAUGGCCAAUCAGCCAACAAUAUCUGGAGUGCCACAGGUUCCCCAUAUCUACUUUAAGUGGAAGAGAAAAUUAUAAACCUCUGUUACUGUGUUUUGGUAAAUAUGAUCAUGAUGAUCCGGAUCUCAUUUGUCUCUUUCUCUUUGUUUCAUGGAACCAGAGAGUUGUCUCCAGCUUGACGCAGAACUUCUCCCUUCAUCAGAAUAAUAAUAUGAGGAGUAGAAAUGGAUCUGAUGAAAACACCUCACAUUCCCAGUUCAUUCGAACAGCACAGCCAUACAGAUACAAAGUACUGUGAAUCUUUGCUUGCUUAUGCAAUUUGAUUGAAAACCAGUAGGCUGAAAAAUCAUGUUUGCUCACUCCAGUGGGUUUAUACACAUGUGAGAGGCAGAUUCAAUGGCUAAAGUAAAUCGUUUCCUUUUCAGGGCUUGAAUCAGACAAAAAUUAAGAAGCACAGUUGGUUCCCUAUAAUUCCCUUGGAGAUAAUGGUUUAUUCUGUGUUAUGAGGGGUGGUUGGAAAAAUUGAAAGUGAAUUACUGUAGGUCAAUGGGUUUCUAAUACAAAUUUAUAUAUGUGUUCCUUAGAGUUUUUCAGAAAUUCUGAGAGGCCAGUUUCUCCAUUCUCCACUGUCCAACAAUCCAGAAAAGACUUGUCCCCAGCAUCUUCUCUAGAUGUGUGUCAUACAUCUCUAGAUUUGUUCCUCUUUAAAGGAAGGGCAAAGAGACCUUCCUCCUCCUUGUUCCCAAUAAGGCAGCAUGUUCAGUCAGUUUUGGACCCAAGGCAAUUGAACAAACAUUUUAAAAGAAAUUCAAAUGGAGAGCCAUUCUGGCCAAUGGCGAUGGGAAAGGCCAUGGCUCACUGGUAGAGCACAUAUGAGUUCAACUCCUGGCAUCUUGAGGUAGGGCUUGAGAGACUGCUGUCUGAAGCUCUUGUCAGUCAGUGUGGACAAUAUUGAGCUAUCUGGAUCAAGGAUCUGACCUAUUAAAUCUUGUCAGAAUUUUCUGCUUUUCUACAUAAUAGAACACAAAAUUGAUAUUAAUAGUUGCAUUCUGUUAUAUGGAGCUUUGAGCAUAUUAUUUCAUAUGGAAUGUGGUUCCUUUUGUGGAUUUGUGAUUCUGUAUUUAUCAUAGCUGUCAUUUAAUAUAGUUUAUAAUUCUUGUGGAUAAUAACCCUAUAACUCAGAAAUUUGAUUUGAAGUAAGCAAAUUGUUCGUAGAGGUGAUAGACUUUGAGUAACUUUUUAUUUAUUAACUUGCAGCAAAAAACAGCUGUUCUUCACAAGACUAGAAAGAAGCUAAGGGAUGAAUUUACUGUCUCUGAUGACCAACAAUCAGUUGGGUUUAUAUACCCAUAUAAUGAUCUCUUGGUAUGGGCAGUAUUGAUGAAAAGGCAGAAGAUGGCCAUGUUCUUCUGGCAGCAUGGAAAGGAAGCCAUGGUCAAGGCUGUGGUGGCUUGCAAACUCUACAGAGCGAUGGCACAUGAAGCUAAGCAAAGCAACAUGGAGGAUGACACAUCAGAAGAGCUGAAGAAGUAUUCAAAGUAGGGAUUCUCCCUUCACUUCAGAUAAUACAGAUCUACAGUGCUUAGAAUGGUUAGACAUUUUCUCUCCAUCACCUAAGAUUAUAUAAUGGGCUUCCCAUGGGCAUUUAGUUGACCACCGCCAGAAAAGACAGCAGGACUCUUCUUCUCUUCUUAACAUUAGAGCUGGUGACAGCUGAAGGGUAUCCUUUAGCUUAGCAGGCAAAGGAGGAGAAUAGUUUUUAAAAGGCUGAUCUGAGCUGAAAGGUACAUUUUCUUAAAGGAGUACAUUUCCUAAUAAUAAUAAUAAUAAUAAUAAUAAUAAUAGUUAUACCCCGCCCAUCUGGCUGGGUUUCCCAGUAAUGAAAAGAAAAUUGGUGAGAAAUACUGACAAGCCAGUAUUCCAUCUAAUGUAUAAUUUUCUGUGCCUCCAUUUUUUAUUAGAAAAAACACCUUUAUUUCAACAUCUCCAGUUUCCAUCAUUUUGUUAUCAAGUUCAUUAGUCCUGUAUUAUCAGGUGAUUUAUUCCAAUGAUGAUCUACUUCUACUGCCAGGAUCCUCGCGUCUAUCACCUUUGUCUUAUCUAUUUUUAUGCCAUUCUUUGCCCCAUUGGGCACAUCAAGAAAAGGCAGAAAUCCCAAACAGAACUUUUAGUUUAACAGAAAUUCCAUGUAGCUGACACGGAACAUUCCCAAGAAGGAUCUUGUAUGCUUUCCAGUUUAAGAACAUAGUCCAUUUGAAGCAAUAGAAUUUUUGUCAUGCAUUUUUGAUUUUUUUUUAUGGGGUUUGUAUCUUAUUAUUUUGAUUCCUGAUAUUGUGUGUGUGUUACAUUAGAAAAAUAUUUUUAGUAAGUUUUUUAACUCUAUUGUAGGUAGUAACCUUGACAUAACUGAGCUGAGAUAAAUAUUGUUAAAGUUGCUUAUCAAUGCUCAUUAUUCCAUUUUCAGAAAUAUAGAUGUUAUCAGCUAAAUACUGUUGCAUAAAUAUUGGCCAAUAUAUUUUUGAAUUAUUUUUACAAUAUUAUUUUAUUUAUUUCAUUUAUGUCUUCUGCUUGAAGGUCAGCUAUUUAUGAUUUCAGUAUAUUUUACAUUCAUUUUAAAGUUCUUUUUAGAAUGUAUGUCAUUUGUUUUAGUGCCAAAGUCAAAAUACUGUAAGCACCAUUGAACAGUGGAAAUUACUUCUAAGUAAGCAGGCAUAGAAUUGUGCUUACAGAAUUGUGCUGUAAGGAGUUCAGCAGGUUUCAUAGCCCAAAUCCAUUAAAACCAAAAUCCAUUAAAAUCAACAGGCGUUAUGCUAUAGAUGUGGGUCUAAGAUAAGUGGAAGAAUUUCUGGAUUACCAGAAGAAUUUCUCAGAAUGAUGGGCUUAUUUGAAACAAUAGGAAAAACACGAUGGCUGUACUCCUAAGCACACAUUUGCUUGGAGAAAUUCCUAGGGAGUCCACGGUUUGGACCAGGCUGUUCCUAUGAGAGGCGCUUAAUACAAGUCAUACUGCUUGCCUCUGUUAUUUGUGCUCAGUCCGUACUCUAAGGCUGGCAACAUUUGCCCCCUACCUGGCUUUUCUUUUGCUGUCGUAGUGAGUUUGGGCAGCUGGCUCUAGAUGUGCUGGAUAAUGCUUUCAAACAGAAUGAGCAGAUGGCCAUGAAACUGCUAACAUACGAGCUGAAGAACUGGAGUAACUCCACAUGCCUGAAGCUGGCCGUGUCAGUGGUAUUGCGACCCUUUGUAUCUCACACGUGCACACAGAUGCUGUUGACUGAUAUGUGGAUGGGACGCCUGAAAAUGAGAAAGAACUCCUGGUUUAAGGUACAGCAUCUCUCAGCAGCCCCUUAUCCUGUGUGCCAAUAGCGGGGCUGGGUGGUUUUAUAGUCAUCUUGUGCUGUCACUGCAUGACGGCUCAUCUCAUUCAAGUUCAAUGGGCUUGUUGAGAGGAGACUCUCAAAGAUCAGGCGUGAGGAUAACUUAGGUGCACUGUCCUGGCUUGGAUUGUGCAAAUAGCCUGCAUUAGGUCUGCUGUUGUCCUGUGCUCCAGUCACAAAAGAUGUUGUGCUCUCUCCACCAUCGCUCUUGUUCGCCACUGAGUGUAUUCAUGCAUGGCAAAUGCAACUGAUGAACUGUGGGAGCAAGAACACGACCAGAAGCAGUUCCUGAGAGCACUUCCGCACUUUCCCAGCCACCCCACUUUCUGUCCCCUGGGAAAGCUCAUUUAGCACAAUGCAACAGAGUCUGUUGAGUGAGUUGGAGAUCAGCACUGUUGAACUCAGGAUAUGAGGGCAGUACAUGAAUCACAGACAGGAUGCACCGGAAGUGAAUGCAUCUUUGUGAACCCCCCCCCCCCCGGAAAUACCUAUUGAAGGUAUCAUUAAAUAAAGAAAUCUUAGUUAAGCAGUCAUAUCCUUCCAGAGUCCCAUAUAGAUAUGCUUUGUCAAAUAGUUGUAGAAAAUUGUGUCAUAUCUCUGGUCACAAAAGAGAAAAAAAUUAUAGGACAGAAACUGCGUAAUCCAUCUGUCACAACAAACAGAUGGAUAAGGAUUACUGAGGAUGAGGGAAGAGAAUUGCUAAGGCAGAGGAAGCAAACUCCUCCUUGAAUAGCUCCUAGAAGACACUCCUCUGUUUCUCAAGAAGUCAGCUGCUUAUUAUCUCUGCAAGUGUUACCUACUAGGCCUGCUGUAGGGAAGACAGUGUACCUUGCACUCUUGAAACCCAUAAAAAGGAGUACGGUAUAUUCCUUCCCACGGAAGCACCUUAGUUCCUUUUCUGCCAAAGCAAACACAGAUUUAAAGUCUCCUACCUUUAAUUACAUUGUAAUAGCUUUCAAAGUCAACAGUUGCUCCUGUGUCUUCCAUAUUUGGGUGCAGUACAAGGAGGUAGAGAUUUAGAAUAGUUUUCUUUCCCAAGCCAUAGUUUUCAAGGGAGCUGCAUCAUCAUGUCAGUCUGCUGGGAAAGAGAAAAUGGCUGGCUGACUGGCCAGCAGAGGGAAAAGGUUGUUCUGGCUGAGGGACGUGCAAGCAAGAUUGCGUGUGUGUGUGUUGUUUGUGACUUAAUUUGACCUAGCAACUCUCCCCUUGGCUGCUUGCCCCACUUUUGCCUGCUUAUUGCUUAUGCUACUCUCCAUUUGGAAGCUCUUUCUGUUUGCCACACAUAUGGAUUAUAUUUCUCUGAAUCUCCUCUACGAUGCCCUGAAUUUUCUAAGUAUUGGCAUGAGUGCACAUGUAUGCAUGCACUGCUUAUGACUUUAUUGGACCUGGCAUGCGCAAGUGUAGUGUUAACAGUUGCACAUUUUACCACAGAAGUGGAUUGUACUUUCACUGUCGAUAUUGUGCUGACUGAAGGAAUAUUGUGUUUUGGAUCUUGCUAUAUGGUCUACUUGUUGUUUAGUGGCAUUUAUUCCUGCCCUGGUAACAGCAACAAUUCUGCACAUCAUAUGGCUGGUUUAAAAUGAGAAUUUAGGCGAAAGCUACUGAUGAAUUGUGGAGUCUUCUUACUAAAUACAAGGAGAGUUUCCCCAUGGAUGAGGAGCCAUGCCCCUUGUUUCUGCGGCUCUCAUACUUCCUGAUCAUGCUUUCCCUGCUCACAUCUGUGUGUGGCAGCUGUGGGGACCAGGAGCGGUUGGUGGGCCUUUGGCUUCACCAUGCUAUUGCCUGCACAUUUUCCUUCUCUGGAAGUCAAAUGGGUCAAGCUCAGGGUGAAAAAGAUUUGGGAAUCACAGAUUGAUUCCUGACUAUAGUAGAGAGGUUGGACCCAAGAUUUGGGAUGAUACCAACAUAAUGGUGUGGAUGCUUCCGAUUCCCCCCCCCCCCCAGCAGAAAUCUCAAGAAGUAAGCAUAUGUUCUGGCUUUAAAAAAAAAAUCAGGACCAGGACCCUCCAAAAACUCCCAAUCCCUCCCAAAUAUUCUCCGUGUAUCUGCCUUGGCAAGAGGGCAGUGUUUCAUAGGCCACUGGUUGCCCUGGAAGCUAUCCAACAGCGCUGGGAACUUGGGCCAAAGUAUGCUCACCUGUCCAUCACUUGAUGCUAUGUGAUGCCAGGCAUAGGUGCAGGGCAGAUAAAGCUGUGGCUUCCAGCUGGUCUUUUGCAGCUGUGGGUUAAAUUUGACACCUUUCCAUGCUACGUUCACCAGGGGUUGGGCUUACUUGGGAGGUCCUGAUUACUCCUGAGUGCACCCAGCCACUUCCAAAAACAGGACAACAGAGUAAGGCACUCAAUUCAGAGGGUAGAAUAGGGAAGACACUCUAACUGCACUCUUGAUUCCUCUUUUGCAUCAAUGGCUUGAAUUUCUUUUUUUCUUGUUUUGGUUUAGAGCAACUAGGAGGAACUUUGGGCAGUGAAGCAGAGGGAAUGGUUGGGCAGGAUGAGAGAGAGACUCACUUUUUGUAGGCAUCAGCCACCGCUGCCUUCCUCUUUGUUAGUUUCAUACAAAGGCUAGUGAUAGGAUCAAAUGCAGUGAUACUAACUGCAUCAUUCUCCUGCAGGUGAUCCUAAGCAUUCUUCUGCCUCCUACCAUCUUGAUGCUGGAGUUUAAAAGCAAGGCUGAAAUGUCUCAUGUACCUCAGUCACAGGAGUUCCACCAGUUCACACGGUAUCAUGGUGAUCCUAACGCUUCCAGUGUUAAAGAUAACGUCUCAUUGGUUAGUAUGGUACCAGGUUUAGAUUUCAUUUUUCUUAAAUGUGGAACAUAUAUCUUUUUAUUUCUAAACGUUUAGUUCUAUACUGUGGUAGAUGCUAGAAAAGUGCAGAACUAGAUUCUGAUGCUGUUAGGCAGGGCUAAGCAUUUGCUUUCCCAUAUAUAUCAUUGACGUUACAAGUACUGUGCUAGACUAUUUUAGACCAUUAACUGAUAUAGCUUGGUGCUAUUUAGGAAGACUGACAAUAGUUCUCUAGGGUUUUGGAAAGGGCUGGGAAUAGAUCCUGGGACUCUCUGCAUGGACAGCAUAUGCUCUUUCCCUGGGAUAGGAUGCUAGAAGGAAAAUUUACUUUAGAAAAAUACAAAUUCUCUAUAACUUCUCGCUAAAAAUGUGAGUUCCAUGAGAAUAUUUUCUGUUUUCCAUCUCAAAUGACCCACUAAAGGAAUGUUAUAAUUAGAUGCACAAGAGCCUAUGGAUGAUAAACAAACUAUGUAUAUUUUUAUGGUGUGCAGAUAUAUCGGCAAUCUCUCUCUCUCUUUUUUAAAGAAACUUUGAACAUCUUUCUGGGCUGAAUGUUAAUUUCUCUUCUUAAGGUGUUGGAACUGCAAAAGGUCUUCAGGUUCAGUUCAAAUUCAGAACAAUAAUCUCAACAUUACUGUUUACAAUUAUAGUUUAAGCUUGAAUGCUUAACUCAUGUAUUUGUUUAUGGAAAAUAACCUAAUUAUUCUUGCUUUGUGAACAGAAAAUAGCAAUUAUAAUAUUUAUAUAAUAAUAUAAAAAUAUAUUUACCCAGCACAGUGUAUUCCAACGUCACUACUCCAGAUUUCUUUUCCUUUUUCCUGAUGUACAGAAUCUGCAUAAUAGUAGUUUCUUAUGGAGUUGGAUAACCACUAACACGAGCACUUUGUUUUCUUAUACAGAGCCAUUAUGAUUUAGAGAAAGGAGUUGAGAAGCAAGAGGAAAGCCAGAAUUUCCCCGGCAAUAAUGAGCAGGGAAGCCUUCCUGCAACUAGGAAAGUGUAUGAAUUCUACAAUGCUCCAAUUGUGAAGUUCUGGUUUCACACGGUCAGUCAUUGUUUAUGACUGGUUGCCCCUCCUUCUGUGUGAGGGCUCAUGGUUCUUAGCUGUGGCAACUUCCACAGUCUUGGAGCAUAAUCUUAUGCUCCCUUGGAUCCUAUGUUGCCAUAGUCUUGGAGCUCCUGACCUGCCUGCUAUGGUUGCUCAUGAUCCCAAACAAUUUGUGGUCAGGUUACCUAAGGGACUGUCUGGCCCCACACAUGGCUGCCUGGCAAAUGUGUCCCUGGGAUGCAGCACUGCUGAGAGGACUGCAUGCCCUAGUUUGUCCUAGAAAGCAGGCUUGUCAUGAUAUUUAGGCACCUACAAAAGGUGUUAAGGAUUCCUUAGAGAUCACCCAGUCAUUUAUGAAACAGUAAGUGUACAAAUGUAGGGAUGGUUUUAUUAUUUUUAGAGUUUGUAAGACUAAUUGUUAUUUUUAGAAUUUGUAUUAUUACUUUUAUCUUUUUCUACACCACUUUGAUGGCUUCAGGCUGUGAAACAGUUUAUAAAUUGGUAAUGAUGAUGAUGCACACCCACCCUGCAGAGCUUACACAAAUGGUGGUGGGGAUGGUGUUGUGUGACCUAUUCGUUUCCUCUUUUUUGCCACAAAUGUGUGUUUAUAAGGACUACGCAUUGUGUUCGUGUGUUUUGUAGAUGGCCUAUUUAGCAUUUCUCAUGCUGUUCACUUACACUGUCUUGGUGGAGAUGGAACCAACACCCAGUGUGCCAGAAUGGCUUGUGAUCAUUUACAUUUUCACCACCUCCAUUGAGAAAGUCAGAGAGGUAGGUCCUUUAUUUCAUUCUGAUGUUUCUGCUGUCCAUGCCUGUCAUAGGAAUUAAGACAAGCAAUUAUCUAUGGGGUAAGCUACAAAAAAGAAAUCUCCAUGAAAUUGAAUCAAUGUACAAUUUCAUAAUAAUAAUUGUAGUUUUCAAAAAUAGGAGCCUGGAGUUAAGUUUCCACUUUUGAAUGACACACACAGGGGAUAAAAAUAUUUGGGUGUAAAGCUUUUUUUAAAACAACAACAACAACAACAACAAAACCCUUUUAUGUAUUAUAUACAUUUAAAUGCAGAAACUUGCAUAAAAUUACAUCUUUAGGAUUUUGUUUGCAGUUCUUUUCUGCAAUUUGAAAAUAGCCAUUUAUCUCUCUCCUUGUGAAGAGUUAUGGGGCAGGGUUGGACCACAGUUCCUGCAGAUGCCAUGCAGGGAUUGAGUGACUGUAAUGUGGAAGACAAGGAGAGGGAGAGGGCUCAAGCCCUAGGGUUAAAGAGGGGCGAGGGGCUGCCACUGGUGGGUCACUGCCCCUUUGUCAUUAUAGGACAGCUACCCCUACAUGAAGCAAUUUCUUCACUUAUGUGGUGGUUGUGGUCCACUGGAUAAAAUGGGGCAGGACUCUGUGUUACAUACACGCUUCAUUAACUUCUCCGGGGUUUGCUGUGUGUAGUCCUGGAAAUCGUUUUUCUUUAGAUUUUAUCAGGUAAUUGCACCCUUUGGCUUUCAUUCCUCUAAUAUGUUGUUACACAUGCUAAUAACAUCAUUCAGCUCAGUGGUACUCAUAUACAUAAAGUUAUUUAUACAUGUCUUUGUUCUAAGGUUUGGCUAACACUUUGACAUCACCCUUUCACUUGCUGCUUAUCAGUUUGAUCUUAGCAGUAUGUAACUGGACUUUGCUAUAUAAUGUGAGGAAUCUUGUUUAUAACCAUUCAAAGACUCUUUUCACCAUUUGCUUAGCAAAACUGAAAAGGCCCUCUGGCAAACCCUUGUUGUUCAAGAAAUAAACAUCUCAUUUUCCACCUUCCUAAUUUUGAAAACUUGCCUUUUCAAGACUGCCAUGUCCUUGAUAAAUGACAAAGAUUUGUUUCUUUCUGUUUGCACCAAAGUAAAACUAAUUUGUUACUUCACUUAUAAAGUCUGUUCUGCUUUUUUUCCAUGCCUCCUGGGGCUUAUGCAAUAUUUAUUGUCAUUUUACAACCCUUUCUUUCCAUUUCACCAAACCUCUGAUUUGUUUCUUUUAAAGAACAACAACAUACGUCUAACAAUUGUACCCCUGCACUCACUCCGUGAAAUAAUGAGCAAACAGAAAUACAUUUCAGAAGGAAGAAUAGAGAUGUAUUGAGGGUGCAGAGUCUUUGAGAAGCAAUGCAGUGUUUCAUUUCAAACUUUAAGAAGCUGUGACAUUGCGGCUUGUGUUGUGACUUUGUAAUAUAAAAACUCAAGUCUUUCUCUUUCUCAGCUGUUUAUAUGUCAUGGAAACAUGGAGCCAACCAGAGCUUUUUCCAAUUUCCGAACUUGGCAACCCAGCAAGCUUCCUCCCAAUGUUCAAAAACCUCCAUUAAAUACUUGCUUACCACCAUCCUGACUCUUCACAGACCCCCAAGACACUCCCAAUGUGUGUCCCUGAUCUAGUUAUUAUGAGUGGCAGGAGUACGUGUAGGGUGAAAACCAAGGAUGGUAUCACAUGGUGUUCUAAAUAGAAAAAGAAUGAAAUAUUCUGAAACCAGAUAAAAAGCAUGAAGAAGAAAAAAACAGCCCAAGUCUUUUUGGACUGUGUGGGAAACAACUGCUAACCUGCCAACUGCAGGGAGUGGUAUUUGUGGUCCACUGGUAGCAGCUGCCAGGCGAUCUUCUGGUUUUGACCCUGCUGGGAGGAGGGGCAUCACUUCUCCAAUGGCUUCACUGGCUGUUGGGGCUGGCCCAUGGUUGCAGCCAAUUGUGGGUGAGCCUGGGGGUGCUGUUCAGGGAGCAGGCCAGAGGGAAAACUUCUCUCUGGUUCUCUUCCUGGCUGUAAAAGCCAGCCACACCCAGGCCUCAGCCUCAGUUCCCACUCAUGUGUAGGCCUGGCCAAGAGAAGUGGGCAAGCCCUGCGUAAGACCUUGCUAUGGAAGUCUUCAGUCACCAUAUGUGGGACCACAGAGGAAUUUGCCUUCCUCAUAGCAAUUGUCUCAACUUGACUGCGGAUAAAGUUGGAUCCUUAGUCUAGGUGGAAGGCAGUUCAGGAGGCCCCCCCCACUUCACCCCACCCUCAGUCCAAGGAAUCAGGGUAUCCUCUUAAAGGGAUCCAGGAAAGGUGCUUCUGUCCUCCCAAUUUGAUUUAUGUCAUAGGGCAAUACUUAACCUUGGUUAACCAUGCCUGCACCAAAGCCUGCUGACAUCUUUAAUCAAUAAAGUUGAGGCCUGUUUAAAUCCCAAGUGGUUGUCCCGUGCUUAUUGCAACUUCCCCGUGCCUUGGGCUGUUCCCUGCAGCUUCUCUGUGCCCAGGCCUGCAAAUUUUUACUUAUAUUUUGUUUUAAAAUAUGUAUGUGCAAAACAGCUUACAACAACAAAAUUUGAUGUAUUUUUCAAAAUCACAAAAUGGCUUUUUUGUGAAAAUCACACACUCAGAGCUCCAAUAGCUUCAAUAGAAAAUCACACACUCAGAGCUCCAAUAGCAUCAUACUAUUCCAUUCUACAUCCAGGAACAAGACAAAAAUGAUAGGACACAAUCCAAUGGUUAUUUUGAACCUAGUGCCUGAACAGCCCUCUUCUGACUAAAAUUUUAACUUGUGCCUAAGAUCAGCCUCUGAUCUGAGGACUGGAACAUGUUACACCAAUUUUUAAGAAGGGAUCAAGAAUGGGGAUCCUGAGAAUUACAGACUACCAGUAGUUAGCUUAGUGCCUGCUCCAUAAAAACUGGUGAAACACAUUCUUAGAGAGAGAGUUACUAAGCAUAUACAGAAAAACAAGAAAGGACAGAAGCCAAACGUUUCUUGACAAGGGCUAAUGAGUGUAGAGACAGUCUCCUUUCUGUUUGCAGCAGAUAGGAGCACAUAAGGGAAUUGUUGCCUUGAAUAAUUAAGGAGUUAAAAUGAGAGAAGAAUAAGUGAAGCGUACAUUCUUGCUUCUUUCUAAACCAUUUGUCCAUGAGAAUAUUCUUGUUAAUAACCAAUCAUUUGAAAAGAAUAUUUAAUAUGUAAGCCAUGCCAUCAUUUCUAUCUGAUUCAUUUGCAUCCGCAUCACAAAGGGCAUUAACAUUACUAUUUUAAGGGCAAGGAAACUGAUGAUGAAAGGUGACAGCUUGCCCAGGGUGACCCAGUGGCCUCUGACUUAUGUAGGAAGAUCAUCUGCAGAGAUACGUCAUGUUCUUUACAUGCCUCAUAUAAAUUCAAGGGAUGUUCCAUUUUUCUGUUAGGUAUUUAUUUCAGAGCCGGGAAAGUUCAGCCAAAAGGUGAAAGUGUGGAUUUAUGAGUACUGGAACUUUACAGAUUCUAUCGCCAUUAUCUUGUUCAUGACUGGUUUUGGCUUGCGCUGGGCAGAUCCUCCCCUUCACACAGCAGGAAGGUUAAUUUACUGUCUGGAUAUAAUAUUCUGGUAUACUCGGCUUCUUGACUUCUUUGCUGUGAACCAGCGUGCAGGUCCAUAUCUGACAAUGAUCGGGAAAAUGGUAAGCAUUUAGAUACAGAGCACUUCCUCCAAAUAAGGAUACCACUUUUUCUUAUAGAGCUGCAUGAGAGGCAGAAUUUCAGCUAAUGAAGUUUGAAUCUUCACCUAUGAAAAUUUUGCCCAUUAUAUAUGAAGUAGAGAGAAAUGCAAAGCACCAUCACACACUGGCCUAGUCAGCAUGCUAAGCCAAACGUGUCACCAUGCUGCUGUGAGCUAGACCAUGGAUGCAGUCCUUAGCCUCCUGUCCACACCCAGACUUGUGGUUUAUCUCCCCCAGACAAACCGCUGAGUGGUAAGCCAUAGAACAAACUUUGGCUACAGGCUGUGGUUUUCCUGGGGUGAGACACAUUCAAACCUAGGUUCAUGGCUUCACCUACAGCAGCACAACUGCAGAGGGAAUGGAGGAAGAGCAAAUCAGCCAUGAUGUUUUAUCUGGGAGCAUGCACAUUUGCAGACUAGGUCGUUGCCUGUCUUUGCCCUAUCUGUGUUCUUGGAAGUAUAAGAGGAGGAAAAUAAUUCUUAUAUAUCUGAAUUAUUUAGUAGCCCUACUUCUAGAAUGAAGUCUUGCAUAAAGCACCAGCCCUAGUCUUUUGCUAUUCCUUUUGCUAUUCUUUGUACUAUGCCAGAUACUUAUUCCGGGUGCUGCCCUUUUAGAUUAAGUGCAUUUGAUUGACUUGACAGGAACUUGUACAUAAGUAAGUACAGGACUGCUGCCAUUCUGAAUAACUGAACAUCAAUACAUCCAAUAAGAUGCAGUACUGAUACAGCGUUUCUCCAUAAGUUGUUUAAAAUAACAAAAUAAUGUGCUGUAGCCACAGGAAACAAUUUUUUUCACCUUGCAAAAUCACACCACUCUGAUCACUGUGUUUUCUUUUUUUUGUGCAGACAGCAAACAUGUUUUAUAUUGUAAUUAUGAUGGCCAUAGUAUUGUUAAGUUUUGGAGUUUCUCGAAAAGCAAUACUCUCUCCACAUGAGCAGCCUUCAUGGAGCCUUGCACGAGAUAUUGUAUUUCAGCCUUAUUGGAUGAUGUUUGGUGAAGUAUAUGCAGGAGAAAUUGAUGGUAGGUCUGAUUUCACUGAAAUGCUGCGUCCAACAAAAUGUGAACAAUUAUGUAGCAUAUCUAUCACUUAACACAGCCACUAGAAAAGGUAGCAUUUUCAGAAAUUUUGCAGCUGUGGGAAAAGCCAGAUUCCCCAUCCCCUUCAUUUUUUCCAGGAGAAAGUCUUUAUUAUAUAUAUUAUAAUAUAGAUAUAUAGAUAUAGAUAAUUAUAUAUUACUUCUUUUUCUGCUUUAACGGCACAAAAUGUAUCACGUAUAACAUAGAAUAUAAAGUUGAGCGGUUGAGCUACUCAGCAUAGGUAUGACACUUAAACCCACAAAUGCCAUAGUUUUGCAGAAGCAAAAGUGAGCAUAUAUCAAUUUGUAGUUCACCUGCAGGUCUUGGUUACAGUUCAGUUCUCAAAUUCUCAAAUUUGUCCUCUGAUAUUUUGGCAUUCACAACAGUUCUUUUGAAAUUUGUGCUUCAUGCCACUCUGGCCUGGAGGCGGUUGGAGGAUGGAUGGCGGCUAACAGAUUGAGGUUGAAUCCUGACAAGACAGAAGUACUGUUCUUGGGGGACAGGGGGCGGGCAGGUGUGGGGACUCCUGGUCCUGAAUGUGGUAAUUGUGCCCCUGAAGGACCAGGUGCGCAGCCUGGGAGUCAUUUUGGACUCACAGCUGUCCAUGGAGGCGCAGGUCAAUUCUGUGUCCAGGGCAGCUGUUUACCAGCUCCAUCUGGUACGCAGGCUGAGGCCCUCCCUGCCCGUGGACUGCCUUGCCAGAGUGGUGCAUCCUCUAGUUAUCUCUUGCUUGGACUACUGCAAUGCGCUCUAUAGGGGGCUACCUUUGAAGGUGACUCAGAAACUAAAAAUAAUCCAGAAUGCGGCAGCUAGACUAGUGACUGGGAGUGGCUGCCAGGUAUCACCCUCCUCUUCCACUUCCUGGGUCACAAAAGCAUGCCAUGGCCCAAUACCCUUGGUUGGGGGAAAAGAACAAGCCUUCUUGGCCUAUGAAUGAGAAAUCUAUCAUUAAUUAGCUGACCAUUCCUAUGCUAGAGUUGCAUACAGAAGCUUUCCUUUAUAAUUUACAGCUUGUGAAGCAGACCCCAACUGUCCUCCUGGUUCCUUCCUCACGCCAUUCCUUCAAGCUGUCUAUCUCUUUGUACAGUACAUCAUCAUGGUCAACCUGCUGAUUGCUUUCUUCAAGUAAGUGCCUGUCAUAUUUCCCGUUGGGUUUAUUGGUGCUAUUUCUACAUUAAGUGGACCCAGCCUGCCUAGGGCUCCACCAAAAGGAGUAACAGAGGAGAAGCAGCAUUCUGGACUGCCAUGAUAAAUGAGCAGAGUGGUUUACUUUCUGCUCAUCUUUAGUAGAUUACACAACUUUAAGCUUCAUUUUCAGAUGCCUGACGACAAAGUGAUACUUUUAUACAAGUUAACAACCACCACUAAAUUUGUUAGUGCUAAGAUUGCCAACAUCAUCUGCAGACACUGUGGUGCCCCUUAAUGCAGUGGUUUUCAACCAGUAUGCCAUGGCACCCUGGGGUGCCUUGAAUGUUGGCCAGGGUGCCGCAGGCAUCACUCGCCUCUGUCCCUCUUUCCUUGAAUGCCCUCUCACAUCUCUGCCUCCCAAAGCUUUCCACAGCUGUUCGUUGCAGCAGCCCUGCUGCUGCCACUACUGCCUCCCAAGGUAAGGUGCUGGCCUCACGUUCACCUUUCGCCAAUCUCCAUUGGGCCACUAAGGUGGGGGGCAUCCUCUGCCCAGAUCCCUGUGGGGCAGUGUGAAGAGGCACCUCUCUUUGGGGCAGAGGGCAGCUCAGAGACCAGGGGUGGCAGCAGCAGCUGCCUAGAGGACUCCCAAGGACAUGGGAGAGGAUAGAAGGCUGAGGGAACACGCCACAAAGGAGGGUGUUCGAAAAAGGGUGAGAGGCUGCCAGCUCUGCAGGCAAGGGGAGGGGGACAUAACAGGGCUCCUGAGUCCCACAGGGGAGUCACAGAAAGAAUAUACCGGUAGUUGGUCAAGGAAGCCUUGGACUCAAAAAGGUUGAAAUCCUCUGUCUUAAAGACUUAGCCUCAUGUCUGCAAUGCUUCCAUGGCCCCUCCCUUGUUGUCUUCCUGGGUAAAAAACCAUGAAGCUGUACACCGUGGAUCAAUAUUUUUGUGGUGCUGGCAAACUCAGGAUCUGUUCUUUAACUUGCAUGGUCUACCACUGUAAUCUUUAAUUUGAUAGGUUGGGGGGGGGGCUGUGUAAAAUCAUACAAAGAAGAAGAAGAGAGAGAGAAAUCUGGGGGAAGGUGGUGGAAGAGGUAACCAGAGUGGACCCACAACACCCUCUCAAAAUUCCAAAUGUGCUGAAUGAUUUUGUAAGACCCGUGAGAUAAAGUGAAGGAUGAAAAGACACAUGUAUUUGGUAUGUUGGCAUUUCCCUGUAUGUCAGACACAUUUUUUUAAUCCUCUCAGUUGUAUGAGGUUGAUGUUGUCUGUUUGAAUAUAUUUAUUUUUAUCCCCUGAGCAAUUCAAAGGAACAAGUCAUAAGUAACUGCUUUGAUGUUGUCUGUUUGAAUAUAUUUAUUUUAAAAAUUACCGUAUUUUUCUGUGUAUAAGUCUAGGUUUCCCCCCUAAAAAUAAUGUCAAAAAUUAGGGGGCGUCUUAUACAUGGAUACAUCUCCCCCCAUUUUCUUAAAUCUGAGUCCUCCAAAAUAGGGGUCGUCUUAUACAUGGGGGCAUCUUAUAGAUGGAAAAAUACAAUAUUUUUGUCGGUAAAAAGCUUAAUAAACCAAAUCAGUAUUGCCAUUAUUAGUAAGCAUUAUGUGUCUAGAUCCCACAGCAAGUUUUGUCAAUCUCACUCUGGGCAACUCUGGUCUCUAUAUUUUGCUUGGUUAAUAUAUUUACCUUUUGUUCAUUAUCUUAACUUAUAUAUUGUACUACGUAUUUUAACAUUGUUUUUAAAAAAAGUCCUAUGGAUCUCUCUCUUUCCCACACCCCUUUACCUCUGCAUCCACAGUAAUGUUUAUUUUGAUAUGAAGUCCAUAUCGAACAAACUCUGGAAAUACAACCGGUAUCGGUACAUCAUGAUGUAUCAUGAAAAGCCAUGGCUACCACCGCCUUUUAUCAUACUGAGCCAUAUUGGCAUCCUCAUAAACUGCCUUUGCCAUCGCCGGCUGCCAAAUGAGCUGGACCAAGAAGAGGGGCAUGUUGAACUGAGUAAGCAGAGCCUGUUCUUUCUGGUGCUCCUUAUAUUCAGUAAAUCCAUAGACCUUAACUUUCCAUGGGACCUUAACUUUGUUUCUGUUCAUCAUAAACAUAAGGACUGUUCCAUGUACUUAGAGCAGUUAAACAAUAUUUGCACCUCGGAGCUGUUUCCAUUUCAGUGGCAGGUGCAUUGCUCCUUAAUAUGUUUUCUGGAACCAUAUAACAACUAAGACAUAGGAAAACAGCACCAUCCAGUGGAAUCUGACUGCCAAAACUUAGCUGUAGUGACUUGAUCAUUCCUCAACAAAUCAUGGUACAGUUCCAAAGUAGAUUGAAAGCCAUGUUUGGGAAGCAUGCACUCUAUUACAAAUACACACCUGAAUUCAACGUUUAUUUGUCAGUCUCACUUAUGCAGUUGCCACUGGUAUUUUCAGCAUAGGAACAGUUUGGAAAUUGUGAGGAAGGUGCUUUCUAGAUGCAUUGUAGUUAUUCAUGGUAUAGUUCAUGAAACCAAAAAGCAAGAAAUGGAAAUGAAAUUGAAAUGUGAAAUUCUCAUUUUGGGUUGGGGCUUAAGGAACAAACAAAACAGGAAUUAGUGCUGUAGAACAAAAAUAAUACAAGUAGAUUCUAUGGGCAAGGAUCCAACUAGGUGCACCAAAUAGGAUAUUUUAAUUUUUUCUUCUUUGAACAGUCCGUGCCCUGUCUCAAAUUGUAUUCUGAAGUUUCCUUAGUUUCAAAAGUGGUUUGCUGGAGCCCUGGGCAGAUAUUCAAGGAAUGUGUCCUUUGAGGAGGAAAGAGCUGGGAAUUGUACCCGCUGCCCCUGCUGCCAAUGUCCAUAUGUUUAUGUGAAGGUGUGAACAGAGUCUCAAUGUGUACAAAAUUGCUUGAAAUCUCUUACCUGGUCAAGUGAUUAAUUUUGCCCUUUCAAGUGCCACAUCAAAGUUGUCCCCUCAAUGGUGAAUUUGUUUACCUGUGACAUACUGUGGCGCCACAUGUCCUGGUCUCAAACUUGGUUGCACUGCCCUUCACACAUACUGUCUAAUAUUCUUUGGAGAUUCAUGCCACUGGAAGUGCGUUAGGCAGAGUGAGGUAACUGCCUCAGGCAGUAGAUUCUAGGUGGACAGCAGGGACAACAUCUCUGGUGUUAAAAUAAGAUCAAGCUGCUCUCCAAUCAGCUUCUGUACAUGGGGUGGGCACCUUGCAUUUCACCUUAGGCAGCAAAAUAUUUCCAGCCAGCCCUUUGCAAGUGACAUGUUUACGUCACUGUGUUUAAACUUUCUUCUAAUCACCAUUAUCCAGAGUUGUAUCUGAGUGAUGAGGAAUUGAAAAAACUUCAUGAUUUUGAAGAGCAGUGUGUGGAAAAGUACCUGCAUGAGAAGAAUGGAAGCUUGCAUUCCAGUGACAGUGAAAGGAUUCGUGUGACAACUGAAAGGUAAGAUAACUUUUCCCCUGACAAUGUUAGUUGUACUGCAAUUCAUAGACGAUAGUACCAAAAGAAGCUGGAGUGCAGGACCGCAGUCCUAAAUACACAGGUUCAUGUAAUUCUUGUUGUCUAUGCAGAAUCAGAUAUGUUCAGAAAGGUAUAGCUAAUAUACUGAGAAAAAGUGGGGUUGUGCAUAUGGACGUUUGUAUUGAAUGUCAGCCAAAAUGCAGCUAAACUCUUUGAGUUCCCUUAGUAUGUUAAAUGCAGCAAUGCUUUUCAUUAUUUAAGGCCACAUGGAGUGCCACCUUCUACUGAUUCAAGUGUUGCUGAAUGUAAAAAGCAAUAAUAUAUUAGGGAGAAAAAGAUUUUAUAUUUGCUAGCCUCUUUUAAUUUUUCUCAUGGUUUCUAUACCUAAAAAACCCACUUAUAGUGGAUUUCAAGUCUACCAAAUCUAUUUCACUUCUCAAAAUGUCUUUCAACAAGAUUAUAUUUCCAAAUAGUAUCAAAACUUAAACAGUUUUUUAAGGUGAAGGCUUAGAAAGAUUACCUGAAGUUAUUUAGCUAAAAUAAGCUAACAGACAAGGGUUUAUACAACUCCAUUAUGGGCCCUGUCAUAAUCUAAAUGGAUCUAAGUGAAAGUGUUGCAUUCAGCAACACUUGCAGAUUUGAAGAUUUUUCAAUUAUAAAAGAGCAAUACUUCAGGCAACAUUUUACACACUCAUUUCAAACAUAGCUACCAGUUUCCACUUAGAAUCAUAGAACUGUAGAGUUGGACUUAUAGUUUCUUUAUAGUUAUCAGGUAUCAAAUUUUUAUGAAAGUAUACAACAUAAUUUGUUAUUCUGUAGCACACUCUAGUUCUCGGGAGAAGAGUAUAUUAAUUCUACAAUUAAAUUAUUGAUUGAUUUGUCACAUUAGUGUCAUAUUUAUUUGUAAUUUAUAUACUAACUUUCAUUUCAAAAGAAACACCAAGGCAGUUCACAAGGCAAUAAGGCAACAACAAAAUACAACAAUAAAAACCAUGCCAAUGAAGCAGAAACAUCAAUCUCAAUUACAGUAGCCAGGAAAUGCUGGGAUCCAACAUUAAUUGUUAUGAAACAUCCAGAUAAAUAAAUAAUUUUUUACUAGCCAGCAGAAGCAUCCCACAGUUGGUGUCUGCCUGAUUUCCAACAGGAAAUCUCUCCACAGGAUGGGAGCCACCAUGGAGAAAGCAAUUCUCCACACCACUUUGAGCCAGAUGCGUUCAGGUCAUAGUACAUGGGAGAAGGAGUUGGCCAGAUCCAACACGCUCUUGGGUUCUCUCAGGGAAUCUGAUCCUGCGCUAUACAGGGCCUCUUUAGCCAAAACAAUGGUUCCAUUCACUAUUUGAAAAAUGAAAUGUUAUUAAUUUAACUGAAGAAUAUAUAUAUACUGAAGAAUUAUAUAUACUGAAGAAUAUAUAAAUGCAGUUUCUAAUACAUCUAUUAUUUUCUCUUAGAGUGGAAGAGAUGUUUUCACAACUGAAGGAGGUACAUGAGAAAGUAUUUUAUGUCAAAGACGCUUUGCUUGCCCUGGAUAGCCAGCUCGGACACUUACAAGACCUCUCUGCUUUAACCGUCGAUACGCUUAAAGUCAUUUCAGCUGUGGACACUUUGCAAGUAGAGGAAGCCCUUCUUGCUCACAAGAAGCAUCAAACCUACAGGAAGCUUCCCCACAGCUGGAGCAAUUCCAUGUGCUCUAAGGCUUUGGGCAGCAUGGAAAGUGUGUGUGAUAAGAAGUAUAAUUACCACAGCAUGCCACCUUCUCUUCAGAAAAGCUUGGCCAGGACACAUUGGCCCCCAGGGGCUUGUCGCGGCAUUCUUGGUGCCCUGGACUACAAAGAGAUCAAAUCAAUAAGCAAACACCAGGAGCAAGAAAUUGAAAAUGACACACUGACCUCUGGGGUAUCGUCAGAGUGUAAAUCAGCCCCUAGAUAUGGACAAUUCCUCUUGGUUCCUUCUGGUCAGCAAGGAGCCUCUUUAUCUGAAAAUGCCACCUUAAGUUCAGCCUUCUCAAGUAGUCUGCUCAGAGAAGAUGAACUGCAAGCUCAACCCCAAACCAAGCAUGGCAGCAUCACUGCUCACCUGGAUGUGCACAAGGCUCCAGAAAGAAAUCCAGUUAUCAAUGAAAAAUGGGAACUGGAAUUUUCAUCAGACAAAGAGGAUAGUGAAAAUAUCACUGAACCCUAUUUGAACUUCCAAGAACCUAGAAUUGCCAAUGAGGUCUCUAUCCGUUCUCAUCAACACAGUGAGGAACCUGAAGGAGGUUAUGUGAACUGGGGCUUCUUGGGAGAUGAUGAAAAGAGUUAUUUUAGCAACAAGUCAAGGCAGUUGUCAUGCACACAUUUUACCUACAAUAAAGGCUGCCGUAAUCCUCAACAUGCACAGAUAAAUGAAUCCAAAUCGUUUUCCUGCGUUUCUGACAGAUCAGGCUACAGUAGUGACAGCUCCCAGUCUCCUCUCCCAUUCCAGCGCAGCAUGUCAGUCUGGAUCAAUCCACGCAGGAAAAACUGGCCUUUCGGCAAGGGAAGUGGAUUCUGGUCCCGCAAAGCAGAGAAAGUGGGAAAGACCUUCAGAAUAAAAGGUAAUGGCUACACAUUGUUAUUGCUGUUUGAUUGCUUUUACUGCUGUUCUUAUGCAUUAAUCUUCUGGUGGUCUCCUGUUUUGCUUUGUUUUUAAUAAGGAUUUUUAAAAGCAUACCUUGAACACUAUUAUGAAAGACAAUAUAUAAAUGUUUUGAGUAAACAAAUAAAUGUUACAUUGCUUUAAACCACUUUCCACAAAGAAGUUACAAGCUCUUCCCAGCUGUUUAGGGGUCAUUGUUGAGUGAUAGCUGUGGGAUGGUGGUUGUCCUCUGCUUCAGUAUUGGACUACCCUAGAUCUGCUGCCUUUUCCAUCCACUUCUCAGAAAUAAAGGAUAUAUGCUUACUAUCAAACAGCGGCAGAUGGAGCUGUUGACUAAUAAAUGAUUUUAAAGAUCAAUCAAGUAAUCAGUAGAUUAUAUUUACCUACAUUAGCACAUUAUAAAAACCUUCCUUUUUUAAAAGUAUAGAAACAUGAGCAUUCAUAAUUUAAUAAAGAACACUUAUCACAUUAUUAGAAGAAAAAUCAGCUUUCACGUACUCUCUUGCCAUGACACACCAUAGCCAAUGCACACUCAAUAAAGAGUGUGCUGUUAAUUUUUAGCCUCAUAUUUUACAUUUCCUUUCACUAAUUAGAACUGGGCCUCAUAAAGUAAUCAAAAAUUUAAUUGAUAUAUCUGAUCAAAAAUUUAAACCUUACAAAACAAAACUCCAAACCUGUAUCCUGAAUGUGAUCCAAGGAAUUGAUAAGUUUGUUUUAUUAACUUACUUUGGAUUCAAUGAAUCUGGAUUCUCUGUCAUGAACUUGUUUGGUCUGGGCAAGUGACUACACUAGAUUCGCAGUUCUCUAUUUGUAAAUAAGAGAAAGGGCAAAAGUAGACGAGAAGGCAUUCAUGGAAUUUCUAAUUGUGUGUUACAGCAACCUGCAUCUUAGAGUUGUGGUGACUGGAACAAAGUAACGAUUGUAAUUAGUGCUGUGCAUUAAGGCCUCAUCCAGAGCGGUAGUCUUGCAAUCUGGUGAACCGGGUUUGAUUCCCUGCUCCUCCACAUGCAGCUGCUGGGUGACCUUGGGCCAGUCACACUUCUCUGAAGUCUCUCAGCCCCACUCACCUCACAGAGUGUUUGUUGUGGGGGAGGAAGGGAAAGGAGAAUGGUAGCUGCUUUGAGACUCCUUCGGGUAGUGAUAAAGCGGGAUAUCAAAUCCAAACUCUUCUUCUUCUGCUUUAAAACUCAGUGUCUGAGCACUUUUUAAUUUUUUGCCCAGACGCUUUCCUUGCGAAAACCCUCUCUUUACCACUGAAUUGGAGCAAACAUCAAUCUGCAGAAAACCCUAAUUGUUGUUUGUUCCAAUUUUGCAUUAAGAGCAGGUUUUCCUGGGGACUGUAGCGGGGGUGGGGGGCGGAAGCACUCAGACACUGAGCUUUAAAACAUGAGCCUAGAAAGCUUGGGGCAAAAGGUAAGGGUGGAUGAGCCCUAAGACUGCAGAUGAGUCUAUAAACAUUAAUCAUUUUCUAUAUACUGAGAUUUCUUUUCUACACUUCUAGUCCACCAGGGUGGCUUGCAACAGUUUAAAAUGACAAUGUCAUAAAAUGCAGUAAAAAUGCAUUAAAAUGCCACAUUAAAAAUAAAAUGCAAUCUGCAGGCAUUACUUACCUGAGAGUAAUGUCAAUUGAACAGUGUAGGACUUCUCUCUGAGUAAAUAACCAUAGGCUUACAUUUUGCAAGCACAACAUAAAUGAUAAAUAUUGACCGCAAUGUGAUGGCUGCAAACAUGUAGUCUAAGGGAAGGGAGGCAGUGUAACAGAGGAAAGUGUCCAGAAUUCUUUGCAUUAGUUUCAAUUUCCACCAGUGCACUAUCAAAGCAAACAAUAUAUUACGCUGCACAGUUUUAAAAUUUAAGUUUGUUUAAAUGUGACAUGCACACCCUUAUACACAGUAGUAAAAUGGUUAGAUAUGAAAACUGUUAAUACUGUAACAUUCCAAUCCUUUGUGUGACUGCUCAGAAAGUCUCAAUGAAUUAGUUCAAUUAGACUUAAUAGCAGGUAGGUGUGAAACUUUAUUGAGUUUUCUUUGAAAUAUGAAUUUAGUUGCCUCUUCCCCACCCCCUGCCUUUUUACUCUCAGAGCUAUCCAAAUCUGCAGAGUCACAUCAGCCAGUAUUGGCAAAGGCAAAACUUGGAAACAAAGAAAGGAAAUCAUCAAGGAAGAAACAGAAAACUCUUCAGGUGCCGGUAGGUGAAGGUGGAAUUAGAAUUGUAUGUCCUUUUUCUGUUUUUUAACAAGCUGAAUAAAUAUAGAAUUACAUAGUUAUGAAAGCUCAGCUCUGCUUUCAAUGUGAUUAUUAAAACUGUUACUGGCCUGGCUGAUUAAUCAUUGCAUAUUUGGAAACUGCUUGGCUCAUGCUCACAUUAUUGGGGGGGGGAAGCAAGUAGCUCUGAAUGAAAUCCAGCUGUCCAAUACCCCCCCUUUUACUCUGAGUAAAAACAUCUUGGCUAAAACUUCUGACAAGUGUUAGUGAAUAGCUGUACGUACUUCCUCUUUGUUACUGCUAAUGCUUUAUUCAUGUGGCAUUUGCAAACAAUGAUUUGCCCUCCCCAUUAUGUAUAAGGGACUUUCCUGCUAGAGUGGUUUGAAAGGAUUAUGCUACUGGCAACUUAAGCUCAACUACCUGUCAUCUUUGGCUGAUUACUGUUUUUCUUUUCUUUUGGCAGAUGAUUACAGUUGAUGGUUGUCCCCAGAGCACCCAAGUUAGUUCAGAGCCACUUGAAAGCCGACCUGUGGGAGACAAAUGGGAACACACAACAAAUGAGCUAACUUCACCUCGCUUCAAUCAGCUAAGUAUGUUAUCCAAAGCAAAUGAUAGGUAGAAUAUGAAACGUUUGGUGGCAGCCAGGACCCAUAAAUACCACCCACAAUAGCCUUCUUAAGAGAACAAAUUGUGGGGAUAGGCUGUUAAAUUUCUUGUGAAGUAUCUCUCCUGCUGUAUCAUCUGGGUCUGGAUUGACUUCCAGAAAUUUCACACUUUUCUGUUAGUUUAUUGGCUGUUUGUCUCAAGCCAAGAGCCCUUCAGUUUAGCUUAUACCAGCAAGCUGCAAGGUUGAAAAACCGUUGAGACAGGUGCCAAAUAAAGGUAAAGGUAAAGGGACCCCUGACCAUCAGGUCCAGUCACGGACGACUCGGGGGUUGCGGCGCUCAUCUUGCUUUAUUGGCCGAGGGAGCCGACAUACAGCUUCCAGGUCAUGUGGCCAGCAUGACUAAGCCACUUCUGGCAAACCAGAGCAGUGCAUGGAAACGCCAUUUACCUGCUAUCUACUUGUACUUUGAUGUGCUUUCGAACUGCUAGGUUGGCAGGAGCAGGGACUGAGCAACGGGAGCUCACCCCGUCGCGGGAUUCGAACCGCUGACCUUCUGAUCGGCAAGUCCUAGGCUCUGUGGUUUAACCCACAGCACCACUCGUGUCACCAAAUCCCCCUGACCCUUCCCCAAACCUCCCUCUCACACUUAUAGACUAAUCAGUGACAGAUUACAGGUCAGCUUCCAAGAAAAUAGGAAACCUGCGAACAGUAUAGUACAUACUUCUCUUCUACAGAGUUAAUGAUAUCCCUCAAUACAUACUGGUAGAAAAAUGUGUUUUGAUUUGAUUGCCUAUGUAUUAUACUCCAUUUGUGGCACAGUAAUUACCUUAAUGAAUAGGAAGUUGUUUUAUUUCUACUCCCUGAGCAUCAACACUACAUUUGAAAUACUGACCUGGGUGAGGUGACAGGGUAUGCUUCCAGUUCUAUUGCUUUAGAGGGCAUGAUAGCAUCAAGAGCUUGCAUACAACUUGAUUUUGCAGAUCUGCUGGAAACUUUCCAUAGAUUCUGAACAGGAAAGUCGUGAUGGACCUUCCCACCUUCCCACCUUGGAGUGUCUCCAGAAUAAGCUGACCUUCUUCCUCCCAAAAUGGAAAAUGCUCACCUCAUUGCCAAGCUGAUCUGAAUGUGGUCCAUGGGCUGCUCAAAUUCCCUCUCCUUGUUUCCUGUUCCCUUCAGUGUCACAGCAGGUGCCUGUGCUGUGGUGACAGCAUACCAUUGGGAAAAGAGAUGGGAAGGGACUUCUCCUUCUCCUCCUCUUGCCCACUGUCUGCUGCGGUGAUGGGGGCAAAUAUUGGGGGCAGCAAGUAAGCCUCCCAUCAACUUUUAUUUGUGGGGGUGGUGGCAGCGAAGGGACCUUGGCCCCUAAGAGUUGGCUUCUAGGGUGAGAAGCAAUGCACCAGGUUGCAAAGGUUCAAGCAGCCCAUCAGAAAUGCAGUGUUUCCAUAUUGCAGUAGCCUGCACAUUUCUCAGAGGCACAGAACAUCCUGUUCAGAUACAUGCUUGCAUUUGUCUGUCUUUUUAAAAAAGUUCACAUGUGCUCUUGCUGCGUUUGCUUACUUGGCUAGGUUUGGACCAUAUUGGUUGUAUGCGCCAGAGAAUGAAAAACCAAGAAACGGCAAGACACACGGAACAGAUUUGUGACUACCUGAGGCAAUCACAAGAGGUAAGGCUUGAAGACAUAAAAUAUUGCUAGUCAGCUCUUUACCUUCUAUAAAUCUAUGCCCAACCCACUGAUUCUUGUGCUAUAUCUUGGUCUGAAUUCACGGCUGAGCACUAGGAAGAAACUUUUCUUGAGAAAUUUCAUUUUAUGCAGCAGGCAGAGUAGACUCGGGGUAAGAAAUAAGUAAUUAACCACUUAACCUUCAGAAAAGAUUAAUAAAAAAGCCAUUAAACUAUUGAAUCAUGAAAUGGGAGUCUAUAUGAAGAAGAUACUUUUUUUGAAACCAAGGUUUUAUAUGGUAAUUCUUUAGGCCAUUAAGAAAAUAGAGUGAGUGGGGUCGGCUCUAUUGAAGAACGAUACUAAGCAAACUUCUUAGCUGUUUCGUGAUAUAAUUAUUCCUUGCAAUUUGGGGAUUAAACUCAUCCUGCUAUUUGUAUUUUGGAUUAUGCAUUUACCUUUAGAUUUUUUCCUUUCCAUUUGAACUAAUUUGUGCAAACUAAAGUAGUGAAAACCAGAAUGUCAAGGGCAAUUCUAGUCAAUGAUGUUUUUGCCAUUGACUUAAGUAGACUAGCUUGCUGAUCAAAACAGACUUGGGAAUAGAAUUGGUAGGGCAUUUUAACUGCUUCUCUUGAUACCACAAAAGUCUUUAUAAACAUACUGAACCAAAGUAGAGUAACCUCCCAGCUUAGGUCAAACAUUGCCAUCUUGGUGGUUCCUUGCCUUGCAGGUCUUUUCCACCUGGCCUGGGAGGUCAGGGCCCUGACUGAUGGCAAUGGCAGAAGCUGAGGCUAAACAGAAUAUUUGGCUGGGGCAUGGGCAUAGUCAGGAGAGGUCAGUGGGUCAGCUGCCUGCCUCUAAAUCAAGUGAAUAAAUAUAAAUACUUCACUAAUUGACCAAUUGUGUCACAGAUAGCUUGGUUCUGCCAUACCUAACAUAGAUCCUGCUCCCCAAACAUAAUUCCUGGCUACAUCCAUGGGCUGCGGUAUUCCUACUGUUGUUGAUGUUAUUUUUUUGUAUCUUUAUUUUUAGAUCUUAUGAUCUAUGUGGAAAUAGUUCAAUUUGGUUGUGUACUUUUUGGUGUGUUUUAUUUAUUUUUUAUGACUACCUGUUUUACAUUUGUAAUUAUGUAAAUAUUUUAAUGUAGUAAGCCGCCUUGAGCAUAAUUUUAACAGUGGAAAGGUGGCAUACAGAUAAAAUGAUGAUGAUGAUUCCUGGAUAAACAUGGCUGCAGACUUGAGGACAACAUGCCCAAGCAGCCAUGAAGUCAGGACAUGUUUUAAUUGAGAAAAUGUGUUUGCCAUUUCCCUCCCCUUUCAGGAUUUAAAUAACAGCAUGACUUGGACUAGGAAAAAUAGGAAGAAUAAUUUGAGCCGGAGCCAUUCGUAAGUAGUCCUGUUUGUAUCAGCAGGUACAUCUGUCUUCCUUGGUUCACUUUGGAUAUGCAGCAUUGCUAAUAUCACUGCACGACAAAUUUUGAGAAAAGUAGCACCUCUGAGAUAAAAGUAGCCGUUUCUUGUAGAUGAGUUGAGGAGCUGAACCCGAAUAUGACAAUGAAAAUGCAAAAUUGGCUACUGUUUCUUAGAGAUCUGCAAUAGUUUAUUACAUAAUCAAGGAAUAUGUACAUACAACAAGGACCAGUGAGAGCCAGGUUCUUUGUCUGAUGCCACUCUGCCUGUUCCUCAGGAUCAUCUCUGGCAAACGUCCAACAGUAGUCAGCCAACAUGGAAACAGACCACUUUCCCUGGUAUUUCUUUCUCCAUUGUUGCAAUUUCCUGAUGAAAAUGUUCACCAUGUUCAUGACUUCCCAUACCUGUAGUUGCCAGGGAAUAAAUCCAAGUGGGAAUGGAAAAAGUGGAUCUUUAAGGACAUAUAGCAGCCAAGUUUAUAAUACAGAGACAACAUGUUCUCAACCAGUUUGUUGCAGUUUUCUGUCCUGACAUUCCUGAGGAAGUUAGUUAACACCAGACAAAACACAUCCCAGGCUUUUUUCCUGUCACCCUGAAGCAGGUUGUAAAACAUACUGUCUUUGAAGAAGAAGAGGAGGAGUUUGGAUUUGAUAUCCCACUUUAUCUCUCCCCUAAGGAGUCUCAAAGCGGCUCACAAUCUCCACUACACCACACAGAUCUGAGGACCCACAAAAAAAGCCCUCUUUAAUUUUCGCUUCACUGAGCUGAGGGAAUUUUGCAGCCAGGUACUUGAAAGGUGAUCCAGUCCAGUCCAGUCCAUGGCUUUUAUGGUUUUUUUCACCAGACCAAGUUUGAUGUGUAGAGGUGGUAGUAGGAUUUUGUGUGUUUCUGCCAGUGCUGGGUAUUUCACAUUCUUCUCUCCAACCUUCAGAUAUUUUCUCUGAGGCCAGUCUUUGCUCAGCUGUCCCAUCAACAUAGACACUACCUUCAUGUCACCACAGAGAAGGCAGUCAUUCUGGCUGUAUUGAGGACAGUCUAACGGCUGUUUUAGGUUGCCAUAGGCUUCCUGGCCUGUGUGCCUGGGGCCGCCAAUCUAGUGUCAGUACUUUUCAAGAUGAACAAUUCUAACAGCCCCAUAUUGUCCUGCACAUCUUCUUAACGUGGGCAUAAUUUUAUGUUCCCUUCCAAUGUCUGUAGCAUUAUUUGUUUCUACAUGUGGUACUGCACAUAAGUUUUUUGUUAUCAUUAUGUGUAAAGAUGAAAAAUUGUUUCCCCUCCUGCAUUUAUUAUAUACUUAAUAUGGAUUUUUUUUUCCAAGCACCUAAAACUAACUUCAGUAUUUUCUUUUGAACAGGUUGAGUAGUUCAGAUGGAACUCAUGGUAAGCAUUUUUCUUAUUUGUAAAUUGCAUAGUUAUAAAAUGUAUAAUUAGAAUAGACCUUGGUCUUUUCAAAAGUCUAUUAAUAUCAGCUCACCAUUUUUAGACCUUCCUAUAGUUGUGGUACAUAAUUCAGAGGUUGACUUGGAGACUUCUGCAAUGAAAAUACACUUCCAUUUAUGACUUUUUUAAAGUUAAUGCUUCAGAUAAACUGUCUUCAGAGGAGUCCUAGAAAAGAUGAGGCCAUGCUUUGCUAGAUAUCUGAUGGUGAAUGUCUGUGAAACCUGAAAGGUCACAUAUGUAUCAGCCUAACAGAUUGGAGACCUGUGCUCAAACUAACAAAAUGAAUUUCAAUAGGGACAAAUGUAAGGUUAUGCAUUUAGGCAGAAAGAACCAGAUGCACAAAUAUAAGAUGAGGGACACCUGGCUUGCCAGUAGUACUUGUGAAAAGGAUCUAGGGGUCUUAGUAGACCACAAGCUUAACACGAGCCAACAGUAGAACCCAAACCAUGGUAAAAGCUUACAAAUACAUGCACAAAGCAUAGCAUAUAGUUGCUUGUGUGCCACCAUACAUGAAGUCAGUUUAGACAUCACUCCAAAGUAUAGUUAGCACAAGCCAUGGUUUGCACACCAUGUGUCUGAUUCUGGUUUGUCAGAGAAGCUAACCAUGUAUUGUCAGUUCAAACUGCAUCACACCUAACCAUAGUUAGGCAUCCCAAACCAUGCUCUGCCACUGAUGAUGUUUGAAUUGAGCCUCUGUUUCAAGUAAGAUUAUGGUACACGGGUGGCACUGUGGGUUAAACCACAGAGCCUAGGACUUGCCGAUCAGAAGGUUGGCGGUUCAAAUCCCCGCGAUGGGGUGAGCUCCCGUUGCUUGGUCCCAGCUCCUGCCAACCUAGCAGUUAGAAAGCACGUCAAAGUGCAAGUAGAUAAAUAGGUACCGCUCCGACGGGAAGGUAAACGGCGUUUCCGUGUGCUGCUCUGGUUCGCCAGAAGCGGCUUAGUCAUGCUGGCCACAUGACUGAGCUGUACGCCGGCUCCCUCAGCCAGUAAAGUGAGAUGAGUGACGCAACCCCAGAGUCGGCCAUGACUGGACCUAAUGGUCAGGGGUUCCUUUACCUUUACCUUUUCAAGAAAGAUCAGAGUUUGCUUUGUACAUUAUAGAAUCUAGUCCACUUUAUAAAUGUCUCUUUAUAUUAGUUUUGUUUCUUUAUUAUUUGUCUGUUUUAAAUUUUACAACAUCUUAGAUGUCAUGAGUUAAUGAAGCAGUAUUACUAUAACAUUAUUGUCAUCAUGUAGUUAAUGGAAUGCAUAAUGACUGAGGAUGGAAUUGAGGAGAUCAGACCUUUGGGAUCCCAUGAAGCACAGUGGAGAGUAAAGGGGUUUUUAUCGUCCCUAAAGUGCAAUUUCCAGCUCUUCAGCUUUGGAGAAGCUGAGUGUCCUUGAGUUGACUAUUGCCUGUCAUUCUGUGUUCUCCAGCAUAAUUACGUGUUGUUUUAUUGACAGUUUACACAGGCUACAUUUUGUACUUUACAACACAGUAAAAUUAAUUCCCUUCCAUAGAAUGCUAAGCCAGUCAUAUUAUUUCAUAACCUUCUUAAACUUAAACAGCACAUUUAUCUCUGCUUGCUUUCGUUAAAACAAAAACCUGUUGUUGUUGUUGUUGUUGUUGUUGUUGUUGUUGUUGUUGUUGUUAGAAAUCUCAUCCUCCUUAAAGACUCAAGAUCUGCACCAUCAUUACUCAGGUAAGUAUUAAUUAUCUAAGUGAUAGCUGAACUAUUGUAGUAGUUGAUAAGCAUAUUAAUUCUUUUCCCCUGCCAUUUUUUGAUAGUGUCACUUGGAAGUAAUUUGUUAUCAAAAGCAAGAUAUUAAUGUGAUUUGUAACACAGAAGUGAGUGGGAAGAUUAUUUAUCACUUUAACACUAGCUUCUACAUAGCAAGUACUGUAGUUGUUGGUGAACCAAGUUCAGAGUUUUUAAAAACUACUGGCAGGGAAGAAAUGGCAGUUUCAUAGCCAAAGACAACACAAGGAAAUAAUAGAGGAACAUACAGAAGCAACAGCUUGUUAAUCUCUAUUAAUUUGUACUUGUCAUAAAAAUGCAAUGUUUGCUGCAUAUUCUUGUUCCUACCAUAAGUGGAUUAUCUUCAGGUUUUGUUUGUUUUCAAACUGGGAAUUUCUAAAGUAAAAUUGCUCACAUGGAAGGAAUCUGAGGAGCAUCCGGAGCAGCUACUGAUCAUUUACCCAUAUGCUGCAUUAACUUGGGAAAAAGUAAUGCAUGUCACCCACUUCAUCAUGUGUUAUAAGCAGUGAUCAGGGAUGAGCACCUGCCUUGUAUGUCUGUAAACAGGGAGAGGCUAUUUUUUAUUGUAAUUUUAGCAAAUAGGUCAGGCUGAUUGUGUCAGAGUCUCGGUUGCAGCCUCUCAGUUUUAUGUACACUGCUUAGAGUUCAUAUUUUGUUAAGUGAUUUAUAUUUUCUUCUAAAUAAACAAGAAGUAAAAGGAAAAGUCUCCAAAUCUUAGGAAGCCUGCCUUGUCGCUAGUGGGCCACAACUGAUGUAUCAGAUCAAAUGUAACAAAAAAGCCUUCAUAGCUUCUGAUUUCCACCUUAAACUGAUCAAUUGCCAAUUCAACCAUUUGAACACUGCUCAGCCAGAGCUCUGUUUUACAUUCUCCAUCUGAACUGGUACCAGUCAGUAGAAUGCCACAAAACUGGGUGUUUUUUUUUCUGUGAGGAUAGUGAGAAAUGUGUAGAACAUGCCAGUAGAUGUCUCUAUAGUCCACACUUACUUUAGAAUCUGAAAAUCUUUGCACAAUUCAAUUGAGAAGAGCACAGUUAAAUGAAAUUCCAAAGUUGUGUCAGAUUUUCAGUCAAUAAUGGCCAAUUUCCCCUCCUAUCUAGCUAUUACAUCAUAAGUCCAAUGAAUGUAUCAACAAAAAUCAAACACACCUGCAAUGGGUGAGUUGUGGCUAAGAACGCCAUGGCAACCUGGUAUGAAACAAAAGAGAGCAUUUCUUUUGGGAAAAUUGGUUGGGAAGAUUUCCACUGCAAAAUUGAGUUGGAGAACUAUGUUUCCCCAAAUAUAAUAUUAUCCUUAUUUAGACCUAUUUAUUAUUAUUUAUUUCUGAAUCUUAACCCUCAUUUGCUUUCUACCACUGGAAUAUUUCUUCAAAUGCAGAUUCCUGAAGAAUGGCUACUAGUUAGGUUGACUAGUUAGGACUCUGAAUAAUUUUAAGAUUCUGGGUUGGAGAGACAGCCUCGCCCACUUCAGUUCCAGCCUGUACCACAGAUGGCUUGUUUGACUUGAGGCAAGCUUUUUAAACAUUCUCUACAGAAAAGAACCUAACACAUAUUGCCCUAUGUUGCGCAAUAGUUAAUUUUCCUUGCUCUCCCGAAGGGAAGGGAUAGUAUCUUCCUAUGUUAGGUAAAACAUCAUUUCUCACCUGAGGCUCUUCUUUGGGUGCCUCCCCUUCGAGAGGUCUGGAGGUUGGGAGCAGGAGAACAGGCCUUUUCUGUGGUGGCUCCCCAUUUGUGGAAUGCCUGUCUUUAGGUACCAGGCAAACAUGUUUCUCUUCAAACAGGUGUUGGGCUGAUUUAACAUUCUAUGACCUUUUAAAUGUGUCUUUGGGAAGGAGGUUAUUGGUUUGUUGUGUUUUUGUUUUAUUAUGUAUUUUGUGAUUCCAUUUUGUAUCUUUAGUUGUGAACCACCUGUGAACUCCAGAUGAAGCACAGUAUAAAAAAUUUAAAAAUAAUAUAAUAAUCUCAACCAUACCCAAAAUAGAAGACUUCAGCAUCACACAACACCCCAAAUGUUGUCGAUUAUUUAAUUUACAUGCCACUUAAUGCUGAAAUAGGCUUCUAAGCAUAUCAACCAGGGAUGCUAAAAUCUUACUGGCUGUGGGGCUGAGAUCCCACCCCCUGCCCCUCACCAUUGAUGUUCUGCUUAGAAUAGGGGAACAAAUGGGGGAGAGAGAGUUGAGGGCAACUGUUCACUUUACUUUGGAGGCAGCUGUGGCACUGUUUUUCCUUACAACUUUAAAAAAAUGCUACUUGAGGCAAUUGGAGCAAAUGUCAUUCUAGGCUAGGGCUUUCUAGAGCAGUGUCUCUUUGUUGAAAAAAGUAGUUCCUUUAUUUUUAAACCACUACAGUAACCAACCCUAAACAGCCCCUUGCUGAAAAUGAAGCAGUUUUGCCCUCCUCACUGAAAGUCACCAGACUUCCACUUCCACUUUGCAACCUGCAGUGUGGCCAUAAAUUCCUUUUUGGGGGGUGGUGGCUGUUCAAGGUAAGCUCAGUUCUAGGAUAUUCCCAAACCACUCCAUCUCUGGUGAGCUGCUGUAAAGGCACUCUUAUUUCCAGGAAAGAUGCCUGCAGCCAAAUCACACACAGAUGCAUGUAACUUUCUCCUUUUUCUUCUUCUUCUUCUUCUUCUUCUUCUUCUUCUUCUUCUUCUUCUUCUUCUUCUUCUUCUUUAGAACCUAUAGCAGGAUAGCAGGAACAGGCUACUUCUCUUAGUACUCCCCCCCCCCUCAAUCUCCUGACUGCUUUUGUCCCUGCAAGGAUAAUGAUAAAAACAUGUCACUUAUCUUUUCACCUUUAAGGAGAAAACCAACUGGGGUGUGUGUGAUUUUGAGCUGGUGAAAUGGCUGAAAGCAAAGGAGAUUUAUCACCCACUGCCUGUCACAACUCUGCUCAAGAUUACAGUCUCUAAUGUCUGUCUUUCUUAAUAAAGAGAGAAGAAAAGUUAUUCUUGUGACUACAUACAACAUGUUGCAUAGCCUUUUACGUACUUGUCAGCACAACUCAUGUUCUUUCUUCCCAGCCUACACAGUUCUUAACAUAAAUUAUGACAGCAGCUGCAUACAGACAUGCUACUUAAUUCAUGCUAAACACCAUCUUCACCUGGUCUCAAACGGAAGACAUAAUAGUUUAGGCGACACCACCAAACAAACCAGGAACUAAGCACAUAAACCUAAUAAAUAAUUCCUGCAUUGUCCCUAAUCUUGACUGCUUGAGCUUGAGCCAAAGAUUGCAGUGGUAGGGAAGAUGGAUGGGUUGCUAUGUUGGGUAAAAACUAAUGUAUUAUUAUUAUUAUAAGUAGUAGUAGUAUUAAUAUUAAUAUUAUUGGCUGCCCCAGCUGUACUGCAUAUUUUUCAUAUAAUGUUGCAGUGCAGAGUAGGGUGAUGUGUGCUGUGAAGAUGGGCAGUGGAAACCCAGUACUUGGAAAGAUAAGAAAUAAUGAGGAUUUGAUGCUUGGGAGCCAAGGGCCUUGUCCACAUGCAUAUGUUGAGAAGUAUCAUCAAAUGUUUCUGGGCAGAAAAUAGGAGUAAAUCAUGCACUGCUCAAGUAUGACCUACCUGCCCUAUUUCUUUGCAGCUGUCGAAAGGAACAAUUUAAUGAGAUUGGCUCAUACAAUACCUUUCACACCAGUCCAGCUCUUUGGUGAGUACCAGCUUCUCUAUGAAUGCACAAAGAGGGGAGUAAGCCCCACUGAAAUUGGGGAGACUUACUUCUGAGUAGACAAGCAUAGGAGUGCACCAUUACUGGAUGAAAUCAUACGGCAUCAAUAUAUAUUACAUCUUACCUCUUCAUUGUGGUACCAAGAAACAACUGCUUUGUAUAUAAAUAGUUUUAAGAAAACAAAUUCAACAUAGAGUAUGCUGUUCUACUUGUAUAAGUCAAUGCGACUGUGUCCUUUCCAGAUAAUAUUUCCAAUUUAUUUUAUCUUAGCUGGAGAAGAAGUGACCGUCUAUAGACUGGAAGAGAGUUCCCCACUGAAUCUUGAUAAAAGCAUGUCCACCUGGUCACAGCAUGGGACGGCGGCCAUGAUUCAAGUGUUGUCUCGGGAGGAAAUGGGUGGAGGCCUAAGGAGGGCCAUGAAGGUCAUUUGCACCUGGUCUGAGAAUGAAGUGCUGAAGUUGGGUCAAGUCUUCAUUGUGAAAUCUUUCCUUCCCGAAGUAGUUCAGUCAUGGCAAAAGAUCUUCCAUGAUGGCACCGUGCUCAAUCUCUGCCUUAGAGUGCGUAUGACUUGGCUAGAAAUCUAUACUGACUCCAUGUGAUCGUUGAACCCCUGUGAAGAAUUAUUUAACAGAAGUCUUUCCUGAAGUUGAAUGCCUGACUACCUGGGAUGACCCUGGUGGCAUAAAUGGGAAAUGUCGCCAUUUCUGCCCCCUUCUUUUGUACCAGAAAAUGUGUUGAAAUUAUAUUCAAACAUUGCACAUAAAAUAUAUUGGACACAUUAGGCUGGGACAAACCAAAAAUGACAAUGUAACUAUAAAAGUCAAUGAAACCCAGUUUGCAAGCUGCCUGCACUGCUUGGGGGGGCACUGCAUAGAAGGCACCCCAAGGAUGUUUUAAUAUCUGCUGUAGGAACUGAGGAGGUCAGACAAUAGGGUGCUUUGUAUCUUUGAUGUAUGCUAGAAAACAAACCACGGUCAGGCAUUCUUAGCAUUUAACAGUUAAGACUGUAUCUUAUGUCUUAAAACUGUUUAUAACUGAUGUUUGUGUUCUCCAUCUAAGCCACAGAUAGUGGUUAGGAGUAGGAUCUCUCAGCUGGAAGCCCCCAGUGCAGCUCUUUCUUCAGCCAUAAAAAGACUUACUGGGUGGCCUGCAAGCUGCAGGAUCUUGCCCCAAAGUGUAAAUAAUGGGGAUGAUGAUAAUACUGGCUGUCUUAUUUCAAGAGCUGUUGUAAGAACUGUUGCAAUAAUGUAGCUGUAGUGACUUUUGUACUAUUUUUGUUGUUGUUGAAAAACACUAAAUACUAUGGAUUGUUGUUAUUCCUAGGAAAUACAGCAGCAAAGAGCUGCUCAGAAGUUGAUAUACACCUUCAAUCAAGUGAAGCCACAUACCAUUCCCUACACCCCAAGGUAGGGAAGCUGUUUUCAGGCAUAACAUGGAAGAGGUGAAACCUAUCUAGGUUCUGUAUAAGAUGCCUUGCUUAAGCAGAUAAUCAGUCAAUGACGAAAGUCAGUAUUACCAGGCAGGCAGAAUCCUGGUUCAAAACUAAGACAAGUAUUAGACAAACAAACCAAUAUUUAUUUUAUGAAUUAUUUAUCAAGGUAACAUACAGUUUUGCCGCACUAUUCCACCAUAAAAUAGCACUUAAGGUGGCUAACAAAAUAAUAGCAGCAGCAUUAAAAUAGAAUAUGGACUUUUGUCAAAGUUGUUUAUGUUGCCAUAACAGAUAUUUUCACAAUUUUCUGAUGGGUUGGGUAAUAAACAAAGCAGUACUUGCAGCUGAGAUGUGCUUCUUUAACCCUCCACUGACAGGUAGGGUCAAAUGCACUCCAACAGCACGGAAAAUUCCACAAUUUUGGGGGGAUAAUUUUCUACAAUUCCAUGUUUCAGGUUGUCCUCAAGUGUGAUGAGGUGUAUGGUUGUUUCAGGCGCUUCACUCCUUAACCGAGUGAUCAAUCAGUGCUUUUCCUCUUAAGUUGUGUGGUCAAUUCUACUCCUUUUGGAUUGAAUGAGGAACACAAAGAAAUAAAGGCAUUGACCCAAGCUCAUUGGGGUGAAAGGAACCCUGCAAAACUCUGUUUAAAGUUAUUAGAACUCAGCAACUCUACGGAUAGACCAGAACCCAUUCUGUCUAUUUUGUGUGAGAAAGGAGCAUAGAGAGGAAAAAAAUACCCCAGUUUUUCUCAUAAUCAGUGGUGGAGGUUUUUGGCACCCACAAAAAAAGUUCUUGUGUGCCAGCACAUAAUGACUACUGGCACUCCAAAUCAGGAAGUUUUGUGAGUACCCCACAAAAUCUAUUUACAAACUUGAAUUUUAUAUUUUAAAAGUCCAAUUAGAAGCUUCCUUGUGAUCCUGCAAAACAUUUUUUUCACCCUAUCAUUUUGCAUGAAAUGUACUAUUCCAGCUUUUGGGAUCAUUGACAUACCCCAGUUGUAUCUGUACUUUUAACUUGGCUGGUGGUCAGACAACUCUCAAUCAAUGACCUUUAAAUGAUAAUUUGUCUGUGUUCAUGAAAAGGUCUUUGUAAAAUGUGUUGUAGAGGGUGACCACCAGAACCUUUGGGGUGCCAUGUCACUGGUUUAUUUCAGAAGAAUCAAUACAAUUGUCAGCUUCAACACUGAAGUACCAGGGUAGGAUACUAGCUUUAUGCUCUGCGCAAUCAUGUAAUUUGUCCUUAGAAGACAGCACCUUGCUAAUAGCUUGUGGUUAAAUGUGGGAUGGCUUCAGUGUAAAUGGAAGCACCCCUCCACCCUCACUAGCAAGCAUUCAUUCAUCAGAGUAUCAGAGCUCAGAACUCGUUCUGCCAUGAAAUAAAAUAUAGAGGCCAGGCCAGGCCAGGUCACUGAUGGGUAAACUUUGGACAGCUAGCCCCAAACGGCCCUUCAUUAUGUGGAGGUGGCUGACAGCUGGUGAAGAACUAGAGAAGGCUUCUGAAAGAAAGCGGCACCUCUAGAUUCAAGCGGUGGCCUGGCUAAGGCCAGACUCAUCUCAGCUCUUCAGCCUUUCAUAGUUCUCAGCUCAGUUUCAAAGCUGUAGCAGAAAAAGAAAACCCAUUUGAGUUUAUGUUUUAAUUUUCUGUACCAUGUAGAGGUAAUAUAUUUAAACACCCACCUGUGCAGCUCAAUUUCAGAUUUCUCCAUCUAGCCAUACUUAUUUGAUGAGAGAUCUCAUAACUUGGUUCUGAAUACUUAGAAUAAAAUUUUACAGUUUGUUUUACAAGCAAUUUUAUAGAGUAUCAAGAGUAAUAUUGGCCUUUUCCUCAUAAAAAAAUCUGAACGCUUUAUCAAAGUGAAAACCAGUGUUCCAUUUCAGAAGAGUUUUUAACCUGGUUUUUAUUAGAAGGGAUGAGCCUAUCUGAUUUUUAAGGACUUUGACCACACUUGUUUGGAGAUCUGCAACUAGACCAGUAAAGUUGCUAUUUUCUAUCUCACUGGAUGGCUCCGGUACAGAAAUAGAUACUUUUGAUCAUGCUGUGAUUGCCUUUUUGUUAUAGCUUUAAACAGGAGUGUUUUCAUGACUCAAGGGAAUUAAAAGGAACUUAGUUGUGCACAGGAGUUUAAAGACAAAUGUGUUCCCUUUUGACUUGAAAGAAAAUGUUAUUUAUAUAAAUUUAUUGUUUUUUUGUUAAAUAGUAGGGCUGUGCAUUUGCCUUGGAUGAAGGCAUGAUUCUGAGGCAAGAAUCUCCACCUCAGAGAUAUUAGGACUGUCUAGAAGUUCAUGGCAAAGCAGGAAAGCUCUGAGACUUUGCCACCACUUCAGGGUCUUGGGAGGGCUUCUAGGAUUAAACCCAAUUCUGCCAAAAAGCCACAAAAAGGUAUAUAGGUGUUAGUUGAUUUCCCACUUUAAGUCAAUGGGAAACCCAUCCAAAGCUUCAGAAAACAAGAUGGGGUGACCUCUGUUCUGAGGCAAAGUUACAGGUAGUGACUGCACUUUGGCAUUUGCCAGAUAUGCAAAUUAUUCUUUGUUUUCAUCAAAUGCACCAAAAGAACAUUUGCUGCCCCUCCUCUGCUAAAUCUGCCCACCCCCUCAUAUUUGGCAAUAGUGGUGUGGCUCAUGGGAAGAUGUUCACCACUCAGAUAACUUCCUGACUGACAAUAUCCUUCUUUCAGGUUCCUGGAAGUCUUCUUAAUAUAUUGCCAUUCAGCCAACCAGUGGCUUACAAUAGAAAAGUACAUGACUGGAGAAUUCCGCAAGUACAAUAACAACAAUGGGGACGAGAUCACGCCUAGCAAUUUGCUGGAAGAAAUGAUGCUGGCUUUUUCUCACUGGACUUAUGAGUAUACUCGAGGAGAGCUCCUUGUGUUAGAUUUGCAAGGUAAGUGAGAACCAAAAAUACUCUGCUGUAAAACUGAGGGAGGCCAUUCAACCCUUACGUACAACAUAAAUGAAAACAAGGACUAGAAUUCGUUGAAAUUAUGACAAGUAGUUUGGGGCCCAAUUCAGUUUCCUUACUGACUCCCCUUGGAUUGCCACCUCAUCAUUUAGAUGGCUUGGUCUUUUUAAAGAACUCUCUCACAGGAAGUGAUAAUGGAACUCUUGUGCCUCCUACACUGCUUGAAAACUGAUUUGGUUGCCAUCCUCUUCCUCUGUCUGCUGUAGGGCAGAACAAGAUUUCCAGUAGCCACAGGGAGAUGGAUGAAGGGCUGCUAGGGGCAGGGCAGCAUUAAAGAGAAAUGUAGCCCCUUUAAGUGACAACCUCUCAGUGCUAUCUUUCUUUUAGGGAAAUGUGCAGUUGUGCUCUCCUGACUUCUGCAAUUGGUUUUUUAAAAAUUAGCAGGGUUAUACAACACAAAUGUUUCAGUAAUUGUGGGCUGAGCUGUGCUCGGUUCACCUGCCCAAUGCACCACUGCCCUUGUGGGAAAACAGCACUUCCAAAAAGACAAAUGAGUUUCAUCUACAGAAGGAAUAAGCACACUCAACACCUAUGAAGACCGCGCUCUCUUCUGUCCUUCUAACACAAAAAAGCCAGGCCUGAAGUGAACUAAGUUCUGCUCAGAGUAAACCUGUUGAAGUUGAUGGACCUACAUAGGUCUAUUCUGUGAGUGACACUGGGUACAACCCUCACAUGGAAGAAGCAUUGGGGCAAGAAGCAUUGGGGGGGUAGCAAAAUGGGCACAAAUGGGCCCUACAUAAAACAGAAGGGUCCAUUCCACAGGCCCAUCCCACACUAAACACCCAGUGCAGACCCAGGCACAGAAGUGACUAGGGACACUCCUGUUCAAACAGCAGCUUCACAUGCAAAUCAAGGCGCUGGAUUGGGACUAGGGUGUUUUAAGGGAAAUAGUAGACAGUUUUGAAAAGAUGAACAACCACCUAUAAAGCAGUAGCAAUAUAAUUGUCUGUUAUUGUGUCAAAGGAAAUGUGUACUGGAAGAGAAAGGUUUAAUUUAUUUACAGUGUGCAAAAGGCCUGAAUUACACCGAGACACAUUUUUCAAACAAAAUAAACCUUCCAGUCCCCUAACCUCAUUUAUUGUUAUCUUCACAUUCAAAAUUUAAGAGUCAAGUGAUUUACACUGCUGUGUGGGUGGCUUCUUUUGAAAGCUUAAGUGCAUGUGAAGGUCUUUGCACAGAGCCAUGGAAGACUUGUGGGGAAGUUUGUGCAUAUCAAUAAAAGAUAACAACAAACUCUGACAUAUUCAGUUCAGCUUUCAGAAAAGGUUUGGAUUUCAAUAUUGUGAUAUUCUUAAAAUUCAUAUUCAGGCCGUGGUGCUCCAAGCAUCCCUUUGUCCGUAGCACAAUAUAGUUGCCUGCUCCUAAAAGCAUAAUAAGCAAUUAAUGUGCUGUUCAGAGAGUGAAAAUCACGGCUGCCUUGGUCAGAGGGGAUGGGGUGCAGAAUGAUGUGGUUUUCCGCAUGGCUCUGUAGUAUUACAUAUUGUAACCUGCUCUGGGACUGGCUGGUGAAGGUGGGUAAUAAGUUUAAGAUUAAUAUAUUUAUUUCAAAGAAUUGCAGACUGCUUAACCCCAGCAAAGACAGAUUUAGGGGAGCACGACCAGUUCGGCUGCACUGGGCGCGGAGACUGGGGGGCACUGCUGGGGAUGCCACAACUAUGAUUUACAGCAGAGUGCGAGAGGUGGAGGGGUGGCAAAUUUUGGCAUUGCACAGGACACUGCUGAAAUUUGGGACCCCAAGAUCUGCCACUGUUCCUAGUAAUCUCUAAGAAGUGUACAGGGGACCCAACACAAUAAUAGUAAAAAAUGAGUUGAAACUAUUGUUAUGUAUUCAGUGGUCUGUGUUUUUGCCUGAGCUUGAGUCUGGACUAUGGAUUCUGAGCUCCUGUGUUCUGAUUCACUACAUGAUGUCCAAUCACAGAACAUUUCAGGAUUUGGGUCUCUGCCAUUGGCCCUUGAACUCUGAGUUGUGAUUCGCAGCUUGGAAGUUUAGACAGCCAAUCAUGUUGGGAGUGGGAGUGGCCUAGGCUUUCAGGAAUGUAUAUAAGCAGUUGCUUUGCCCCUGUUUCCCAGUUAUGUAGUUCAAUAAAGGUUCUUGCUGUUAUCACUGUGUCUUGCCUCGUGGGAACCCACCUAACUAUAAUAUCAGAAUUCAAUUAAAAAGCCUGCUGGAGGAGGAGGAGGAGGAAGAAGUAUUCAGUAAGCACCAGACAUUCAACAGUGAAGGGACCUCUGAUCUCAACUAGAAGGAAGUUCCACAAAAUGGGAACCACAGUACAAUGCACAGAGCUCCAUGUGGCUAUGAGCUGUGCCACUGAAUUCUUGGAAAAUCUGAAUCUCAGCAAGAGAAGCACCGCUGGACACAAAUGUCACCCAUUAAGUGGGAAUUUCACUUCUGCACCACUCCUCAAUUUUACCUACACCCAAUUUCAAUUUAUGCCAUCACAAUCUAGGAAGGUUGGAAUUUAGGCAAACUGUGAAGUAGGCGCAGUGAAAAAUGUUUGUCAUUAGCUUCUUAGAUAAGCCUAGUCUUGUACUGGAGAUUCUAUACAUAUGUGUAUAUAUUGAUAUUAAUAUCCAUAUCUAUCUAUCUAUCUAUCUAUCUAUCUAUCUAUCUAUCUAUCUCCAUCUGAUAACAACACAGCUGCAAAAUAUUCAUAUGCACAGAUGGGUUUAUAAGGAACCAGGUACAGCACUUAAUAUACACAAAAUGUAAUUAUUUUUAUCCAUGGCAAAGUUGAAUUAAUCAGUAGUCUAAGUUUGAGCACACAAGAUCCCCCCCACCCCGAUCCAAUAGCUGCGGUCUGCGCAUGGAGAUCCAAGAGCACAUGUGCAGCUCUGCACUCAGCUAGCCAGCUGCAAAUAAAAUGUUUUAAAAUGUGUUUUAAGUGCAAUGUACAAUGUGACACUAGACGGAUGGCGAGCCUUACAGAAAAUUCAAUGUAGUUUUAAAAACGCUUUUAAAAAAAGCAUUUUCAAAACAGUUUUAUAUGUGUGUAGAUUCCACCUCUGUCUCUAUAGAGACUGGUCUAUUUCUUUCAGUAUCACAGAAGUCUCAAUGCACACCAAAGGGCAUCUCUUGAACUCAAUUUUUCCUGACAUUGAUAUAUAGUUCUUGCUCACAUAUAUUUCAGGUGUCCAUUUGGAUCUACAAAACACUUUAGACUGAUGUUGUUGUUGUGGUAGUGGUGCAUUAAAAUUGAAAAAUAAAAUAAAAAUUAUCUUCAAAAAUGAAAUGAGCAUGCAACAUUUGUUGUAAUGUUGUUUUUUCAGUUUCUGCCCUAUAAAGUGGAAGAUUAGAUAGCUGUAAAAUGGUUGCAUAGGCUACAGUCUCAAAAAUGAUUUUUUAAAAUGCAGUUUCCUUCUAAUAUACUUGAUAAAUUUGACUUCUACAGGGGUUGGAGAGAAUCUUACAGACCCAUCCGUUAUUAAACCUGAAGACAAGCGGUGAGUAUCUAGCGUCACUUUAUCAUACCAAAUGUGACAUCUUUCAUGUGAUUCAAUUAAUAUUCCAUAUUAGCUGUGAUGUGCAUAUGCAUAUUUGUCACACUGCUGACAGGGGCACUAUUUGUGUUUUUGCUAUCAUUGCAGUUAAAUGCUUGUAUAUUUCUAAUGGACCAAAUAGAAUACUGUGAUGCCCUGUACUUGCAACUAAGCUUAAAGGCCACUGGACAAACUUCAUAUAGUGCCAAAUGCAGAUGCUUAUCUACUGGAAAACAUUGGCUACAGGCUGGGUGCAUGUAGUAUUUAUAUUGAAUUAUCAGACCUGGUUUUCCAGUUUUACUGCAAAUACAGUUGAAAGUGCUAAUUUUAAUAUACAGUGUCUUGGAGGAUCACUUAGGCCUUGCUUACCUUAGAAUGCUUUCACAUAUAUCUUCCUGAACUGAAUGACAGUGCAAGACAGAUAUGAAAAGUUGAAUGUGGAGCUAUAAGCUCCAGGAGUCAUGGACACCUUUUGUUUUGAAACUAGGUAUUGAAUGUCUUCACAUUCACGGGUCAGGCUUGCCAAAACAGGACCCCAAAACUCUUAGAGUGGUGAAACUGAGAAUAGUUCCAAGAACGAAGUGGUGUCUAAUCUGAGCUUCCAUGACACUAGUUUAAAGGGAUUAUUUGUUGAGCAACUCCAGGUUAUUGCCCCAAAUUGUUUCUAGACUGACAAAAAUGGGACAAUCUUGCCUCAGGCUGACUAAGAAACGUCAGCUAGACUUGCUUGCCAAGGGCUGCGUUGGCUGGCUGGGCUUCCCCUGUGUGGGUGGGCAGGGGGCACAGCCCAGCCCUGUGACCCCUCAGUGUCCCACCCCGCCCAGUAGCGGCAGAGAGGCUUGGGCAGGCACAGUGGGUUUUCUUUGCCCUCUGUGCCCAGCUCCUGGUCCUGCCUGGGGCAUGUGUGUACGCACCCCCAAGGUGCCAGUGAAGGAUGCAACGCCAUUGGUGUUUUGGAAAUCUACUUGUGUGACUGACUAGCCUGACAUAACGACAUAGAAGCAACCAGUGCUUAGUUUUGCAAAGAAAAUAUAUUCAUGUUUAAAUAUCCUUGGAAGUCCUGUCUUCUGCCAUUAUGUGUGCAGGAUGCCAUGGGUUAUUCAGCUGCGCAGGAAGGGCUCUCUGUACAUUCUCAGGGCCGUCUCUGUAUGAUACUAUCCCUGAUUCAAAACAAUAGUGGCUUUGCUCCAUGUUCUGUGCUUAGGUAUUCUACCAUUCCUCCUAUACUCUCUGCUCCACCCACCCUUCUCUGUAAGAAAGCUUUCCUGGUAGUAAUUUUCCAUAUAAGGGUUGAAGUGAUUGCCCAAAGCAUCAGUUAAGAAAAGCAUUUGGGUAAUUACAUAAAGUAAAUCCAUGGAGAGGGUAAUCAUGUCAAUCCCCUCUGCUUGUAAAAAUUCAGUCGGAGAUGCUAGUUUCUUUAAUGCACGGUGUCUCUGAAAGUUUACAAUCAGUCUGGGACUUGUCCCACAAUAUUUUAACCGGGGAAAAGUUCUAGUUGCAAAAGGACUCUCUAGGUUGUGCCCAAAUCUUUGGUCAGAGAAUUCAAAAGCUUGCAUAUUGCUAUAUUAGCGAAAGAUAUUUUAUAAAAGAUUUGAACCUUAAAUACCUUCUACCUCUUUGUCCUGUUUUGCUUGUUUGCAAAAUUCUCUGUCUCUGGAGACAGUGCUUAUAUGCGGAGAAGGCAAGGGAGAAUUUGCUUUUCCCCUUUGCUGUUUUAACAUAUAGAAAUAAAAUGCACUGACUAUGGGCAGCAUUUUGUGUACAUCCUCUUAUAUGAGAUCUAGAGGGUUAAUUACGUUCUCAAGAAAAAUGGUGGGUAAGUAAUACUGCUAUUUAAUGAGCAUUGAUCCUAGGUGCCAAAUUGCAGAAAUAGAUUACCUUUGACUGAACUUAACCAUCUAGGGGUCCUUUACCUUUCCUUUACCUUAUUCUCAAGAUCAGCCUUGGGUCUUAUUAGUUAAGUUAGUUCUCAUUUUUAUUCAGGAAACAACAAGAAAUAUGUAAUCACAAACUAAUGUGUGCAUGUAAUGUACAUUUUCCAUGUAAUAUGCAUAAUCUGAGGGUGGUUUUCAUAAAAAUCAUAGCCCUGAGUAACUGCUAGGUUGUCACACUACUGAAUUUUCUAAAUUUUGUUGGAGAACUGCUAUUUCUCAAUGAAGCAGAGCAGAGGCCCUGAGUUUCACUCAGCAUGGGAGGGGUCUGUUGUGCAUGUGUGAUGUCACACAUGCAGCGUGCAUAUGUGAUGUCAUGCGCAUUGUGAUGUUGCGCAAUUGUCACAGACCUUCUCAGUGCUGGUUUGGUGUAUCUUGAUGCUACGUAGCCCAGCGCAGCCUCCAGCCAGGCUGUGCCAGGCCGUGUGGCAUCCCCCCCCCCCGUGGGGCAGCCUCCAGCCAGGCCGCACGGCAUCUCCCAAGGAGGCAGAGGACAGCAGACAAAAGUAGGAGGGAGGGGGAGGGCAGGCAAGGAAGGGCUCAGCCUCCUUUGUCCCUCCAUUGCUUAGCCCUGUCCCAACAGACACUGGAGGGCUGAAGAUGCCUCAUCCCUGUAGAGUUGGCAUCUAUGAAACAGAAAGAAGGUACAUUGCAGACCCACUCACCUUGGCUGGAUUGGUCCAGCAUUCAAGUGGUUAGAUGCAGCAGCAGUGGAAGCCAAUCGGUCGUCUGGGGUGGGGCCAGCCAGGGCAGGACGUUCGGCAGGGCCUCCCAGGAGUCUGCCUGCUUCCUCCCACUCAGCCGCCCUACAGCUGGGGGGAGGCGGCGGAUGGACCGUUUGGGCAGCGCGGAGCGUGCAGGCGCCCAAGCCACCACAUCACUCCCAGGAGAGACACAUGGCUUGGGCGCGCGGCAGGCCCUGCGGUGAGUGCUGCCCGGCAUUUUGUCACCCCCCCCCUCAGUGGUGACACCUGGGGUGACCCACCCCCACCGCCCCCUUCCUCCGCCCCUGCAUAGGGACCAGGUGACCCUGACAGGUAAUCAUUAUAACUUACUCCAGAACAAAUUUUGAGAAACCAAAGGAUGAAGUGAGCAAGUUGAUUGAGAUGGAGAACAAUGACACCAGGAGUUAUCAGGAAAGCAGUGGCCGAGGCUGGAUACACAGGUCAAAGAUUACUACGUCCAAGAUUUCGUUAUGAAACUGUUGACUUUUACAAAUGUGUAAUGUAUUAUUAUUAUUUUACAGUAUGGAUUAUAGACACAGAGAGCACCAUCUGUAUAGAUAAUAAUUUUGCCAUGUUGUACAGGGAAAUCUGUUCCUAAAUACCCGUGGUCUUCUGUCAAAGUCAUUCCUAGCUGUAAAUCACUGUGGGAAAGCUGUAAGGAGCAGAAUUGUAUUUACGGCAGCAAUAAAAUAAGACCUGGUGCAAUUUGGCAAAAAAUGGAACCCAACCUUCUGGAUGCCUAAAAAACUGAAAUGUUUACAGGAUUCUUAAGAAUAUCAUGGAUCCGUUCAAAAUUAUAGUUUGUACAGGGCUUUUUUUCAGCUGGAACUCGCUGGAUCUCAGUUCCGGCACCUCUCAGGUUGGCACUGUUGCCAUUGUAAGAGAACAAGGAAGGCAUUCAGGGUGAGCUCCAGCACCUCUUUUUCUAGAAAAAUAGCACAGAAUUUGUACCUUAGGGCCCAUUCUACUGUCUUGUUUGGUGUUCAGAAGCAGCAGGAGUUUUUGAAGUAAACCGGUAAGCAGGGCCAGUUUGGGGGAGGGGUUGCAGGGGGGCAUUUGGCCUGGUGCACAACCUCCAAGUGGGCCUCAGAUUUAGUCCCUUCUUAAUUUUUGGGGUAUUUGAUUCUUCUCUCAACUUGUUUCUACACCCACUCUCAGCCUAGAGCUGCAAACCUAAGCAAAUGAGAGGUAUGAUUUGGUAAAAGACGUUGGUUCCCUUUUUUGUUCGCAGAUAUUUCGUCAUAUUUAAUUACAUCUCACUUCUUUGGUGUGUGGCGCUAUUUUGUUUUGUGUUCCUUCAUUUUAAUUUUUUUAUUCUGCCUAAAGCUGGAAGUGGCCUAGGUCUCUCUGGACCACUGGAAGCCGGGCGUCCCUGAUCAUUGUUCUUGCUGGCCAGGGCUGGGAGCAGCACACAGGCACUCAAAGGCUUGGCCAGUAUUCUCUGUAAAACGGACUGCAAACACACACACACACACACACACACACACACACACACACAGCAUGCCCCAGAACCUUUUGCAAUUUGCAGUGUUUCUGAAAUGCAGAAAAUUCGAAAAGCACCAUAGACAGGAGAGUCUGCAGCGAAAUAAGCACUCCAGCAUAAGUGUGCGAUGAGAUAACAUUCUUUUUAUUGCUAAAAGAGAUAUAGCAUAAAAUAAAUAUCUAAAUAUAACAGUUUUAUACUUUUCAUCCCCCCCAUUUAUAGUUAACCCUAUGUUGUAAGCAUCCCAGGGUGGGAUAUAGAAGCACUCAGAUAAAAAACCAAACAGAAUACCGUAUUUUUCACCCUAUAGGACGCACUUUUCCCCCUCCAAAAAUGAAGGGGAAAUGUGUGUGCAUCCUAUGGGCGAAUGCAGGCUUUCGCUGAAGCCUGGAGAGCGAGAGGGGUCUGUGCGCACUGACCCAUCUCACUCUCCAGGCUUCAGGAAGCUAUCCGCAAUCCUUGGGAGCCUGGCGGGAGUUUCCGCCGGGCUCCCAAGGCUUGUGGACAGCAGCCUGCAGCCCGAAACCCGGGGGGUGCAGCGGAGCGUGCCCCGGGCUUCGGGCAGAUAUCCGCAAGCCUGGGGAGACCUGCGGAAACUCCCGCUGGGCUCCCAAGGCUUGCGGAUAGCAGCCUGUUCUGGGGGCUGGGGUCGGGGGAAGCUCGGGCUUCCCCUGCCCCAGCCCCGCGCCUAGGGGAGGAUUUUUUUUUCUUUUUCUUUAAAUUUUCUUUAAAUUAAAAUUAAAUUAAAUUAAAUUAAAUUAAAUUAAAUUAAAUUAAAAUUUCUUUAAAUUAAAAUUUUCUUUAAAUUUUCUUUAUCCCCCCCCCCAAAAAAACCUAGGUGCACCCUAUGGGCCGGUGCACCCUGUAGGGUGAAAAAUACGGGUAUGCAUAAGAAAAGAUAAAAUCAACAAAUUUGGUAGUAAAUAUACACAACGUCCCAUGCUACCAUUUAAAAAAAGCCAGUCACAGGACUGGAACCAUUCCUUAGCCAUAUUCCUAAUGAGCCUGGCAUGGUUUCCAUUUUAAUAUGACUUUGAUAUCUCUGCCAAUAGUGGGUUUUGCUUCUUCACACUCAAGUGUCACAGAAGAGUAGUACUGCCUGCAUUUCAUCCUGAGCUCUGGGUUUUCAGUGUCUGUAACACUUUCUUCUUUACAAAUUUUUGCUUGGAAGUGUUUAUUUCACUCAUUUUCCAAAAAUAUUUUUCACCCAGAACCAGUGUUCCACUUAAAAGCUGUGAAGCUGCAGCAAUAAACCCAAAUUAUUUUGAAAUUCCAGUACGUUGUUCUGUUGGAAUGGGAGGCACUCCCAAAACCUCAGGAAGCGGAAUUCCUUCAUUUGUUAAUAUAGAAUGAAGAUUCCACGAAAAUGGAAAUAAGUACACAUGUACCUGCUGCCAACUCCAUCAUUGCUCCAAUUGAAAAGAACGUAGCAAUGAAAUUGUCGUGUUUUCCUGGUUCAAAGAUGUUAUAUAGCGCAAAGGCCAUACAAAGAACGGUCACCACAUUGGCAACUGAGGCCAAAUGCAUGAAGUCCUGGUAGGGACACUUCAUCGUUUAACGGUAUGCACAUAAUGUUAGAUUUCCCCAGGGGUGAAGAAAUUGCACAACCGCACAACCCCUUUUGUUCUAUGGACACCCUCCAUGCAGAUAAUUGGGCUCUUGUCUUGUCCACUCUGCAUUUCUCUGCUCCCCUCCCUUUCCUCUCCAUUGUUAAAAUGUCAGGCAUGAUCCCACCAAAGUUAUGCAUUUUACCCUUGAAAGAAAGUUUGGUGCAACAGACCAAUACAGCUACUGUUCAGGAAAGAAUCCUUUCUGACUUUAGACCUCAUUCUCUCUCCCUCUCUCUCUCCCCCUCUCCCACACCCACACCCACACAAUGUGAAAAGCCUCUCAGACAGGGCAAAAGGAAAUUUUAAAAAGUCAAUUUGUUCCUAUCUCAGAAAACACCGCUAUGUUGUUGGGGAACUGAGGAGCGCUGCAUAUAUGCACCUACGUGAAAUCAGUUCCUCAACCAGUCUUUUUUCCAGGGCAAGGGCUUUUUUCAGGUCUUUCUCUUCCAGUGUCUGACCUAAGAAGACCUGAAAGAGUGAGGCUGGUCUGAGCUGGUCACUGGAGCAACUGCUCCUUGGAGUUCUGAGGCAGUUUAGAAUGCAGCUUGCUUUGAACGCUCGGAAGAACACAAUCAUAACUCCAGGGUCCUGGUCGUUUGGAAUAUUUGGCAACUGCUUGGAGGCAGUAUGCAUUUGAAUACCAGUGUGAUUCUGCAACUUUUAAAAGAUACUUUUUUGUUAGAUGUAAGCUUAGAUUGGAUGCAAAAUGUGGAAAUAAACACCCCAGCUGCCAGUUCCAAAGGAAUGAGCAAGCAAGAUUUGAAAUAAACAAAUACACAAAUAAACAAAUAUUUAGUUGUUUCCAUUGGGUUUGAACACCACUUUGAAAUACAGCAACUUUAUUCAGUAGCACUGGUGGAUCUGACUAGUCCAGUAUACCUUUUCUAAAAAUGAAAAGCUUUAUAAAAACUCUAAGGGGGCAGGCCAGUAUUAUCUCCAUAUUACAGUCUGGCAGAGGUGUGGAGACAUCUCGUACUGUGAAAUAAUUUCUUGCUUAAGUUAGGGCCACUUUGUAAAUUCAUGAUGACGGGGAUCUUUGAAUCAGAGGUUUCCCAGCUCAUUGGUUGCUUUCCUGGUCACCCAAAUAUCAAUUCUCCCUACAGUCACUGUGUUGGUUCCCGGGUAGAUGACUCUCUUGAGAUUCGCUGAUCUUCAUGUGCUAAGGACUCAUAAUAUUUGUUUGUAGAUUUAUCAGUCUUCUACAGAGGCUUUUUCUGAACAUACUCGUGGGCAUUCCUUCCCUUAUAAAAUGUGGGACUGAAAAUAUCCAACAAUCCCAAUCUUGUUCCAAACGUGGCUGGUGUUAGGUGGUGCUUAUUUCCUAACUAAAGUUGUGUGUGCUUUGCUGUGGUUGCUUUGGAAGGAAAGCCCCCUCAUUCUGAAACAAGGACAGAAUAAAGAACUGCUUAGUUGGAGAUGACUAAGCCCAGUGCCACCAACAGAGGCGGAGCAAGCUGAUAGGGUGCCUGGGGCGGCACGUGUGCCCUGCGCCCCAAGAACAGGGCCAGCUGCCCGCUGGGGCAGGGCCAGCCAGGGCAGGAUGCUCUGCGGUGCCUCCGAGGUUUCUGACUGCCUCCUCCCACUCAGCCUCCCUACAGCUGGGGGGGAGGCAGCGGGUGGACCGUUUGGGGCAGUGUGGAGCCUGUGGGCACCCAAGCCACCGUGUCAGUCCCAGGAGAGACGUGUGGCUUGGGUGCGCUGCAGGCCCUGCAGUGAGUGCUGCCCAGCAUUUUGUCACCCCCCUCAGUGGUGACACCCCAGGUGACCUGCCCCCACCGCACCCCCUUCCUCCGCCCUGGUUUAAUGGUGGGAAAGCCUGCCAAUAAAAGCAGCCGGCCUGGGAGAUCUGAGCCAGCCAUGACAGGCGGCAACCUGUGACUGGGUAAGCAGCCAUUAUAUAUCUAUAUCAGGGUGGGGAACCUGUGACCCCCACAUGUUGCUGGGCUCCAAUUCCCAUCUCCCCAUCCAGCAUAGCUAAUCCUAGGGAUGCCAGAAUUUGCAAUCUAGCAGCAUCUGGGGAGUAAAGUCUCUCAUUUUGAAGCUUUUUAAUUUAAACAAACUGCUGUCAUACCACUGCUUUGCUUUGCAGUAUUUUGGGAAAUAGAUAAAAACAUGAGCUAAAAAUUCAUUUGUACUGUUGUUUCUUCCAGAUCUAGAGGGAUGGUAUUUGGACCAGCAAACCUUGGAGAAGAAGCAAUCAAAAACUUCAUUUCAAAGCAUUGCUGCAACUCUUGUUGUAGGAAACUCAGACUUCCCGGUAAGCAAUAGAAAAGCUCUGCAUUUUGCUAGCUCCAGGCGCCAUGAAGGUGGUGGAGCCAAAGCAUGGUGAAAUUUCAAUAAACACAGUACAACCACUUUGGAUUUAAACAGGCCAUGAUUUCAUUGAUUAGAAAUGUCAACAAGUUAUGGUGUAGGCACUGAGUGUGAAUCCUGGAUCAACCAACCCACCUGCUGGUUGAUUAUUUUGCAAGGUUAACCAAGGUUACAUCUCGCCCUGUGAUACACACCAAAUCAGGGCAACACAGGCCGAUAUCACCAUGGUGGAGCUAUGGUGGCCAUUACAGAAACAAACAGUCUGGAGAACAGCUGUCUCUGAGUCUAGGAUGGAUGGUGAAUUAUGCUCAUCUGUUGCCUAAAUUCUAGCCUCUUCCUAGCUUCUGAUCUCCUAGUUCUCAGACCCUGUGCCUGCAAGCACUUUUCACAUGCUUGGAGAUGGGAAAAGGCCAUAAUAAUGGCUGUGAUUGCACUUCCAUAUGCUCACUAUGGCUUGCUUGACAUGUCACAUUCAAACAUAGUUUAUUUUAAAGUUGUCUCGUAAGGCAGUGUGCACCAAGCUUGAGCAUGCUGCUCAAAAGCUCCCAACUCUCUCUGCUCCUUCCUAGCACUUUGUCCUGCAGGGAGGGAACAAACUAGAGGCUGACUUCACAUUAUGUGUGAACCAGCAGGCAGUUGUUUCGGCCAAACAAACCACAGUCAGAAAGUCAAGGUUUGUUCUCAGCUUCCAAUCGGGUUUGCUUGGGAGAAACUGGGUUUUUGUCUAAAAGAGGAAAGUAUGGAGAUGCAGUAAGAGCUUAGCAAGAUGGGGCAACCAACCCAAUAACUCAACUCACUUUUUAUCUUUGUGAUCACUGAGCAUAAUCCAUAAACAUCUGUUGAUUUUUAUACAAGAUGACAUUUGUUAAUGAUUGCAAACAAAUGUCAAAUACUUCUUGAACAGAUACCACAGGGUAUCUUAUAAAUCUAUGUUCAUAAGGAUUUUACAAAUUAUUUUUUCUUAAGCUGGUCCAUCAGCCAUUACCCCAUUACUUUGCUACCCACAACUUGGUCAGCCCAACUCUCCACUCGUCUCUAUUGCCCUUCUGAAUCCUCUACCUCUUAUUCUGUUUCUUGGGCGCAUCAGGAGUUCACAAUAAAGCCCAUUCCUGAUGAGGGGUCAGUUUGAGCCCAGGUACACAGCAGAAGGCACAGAAGGUUUAAAAGCAGAAAAGUUAUUACGCUUGCUGAGUGAUUUGAUUCGCUUCCCUUUCACUUCUUUGAAACCAGGACUUGUGUAGUGGGACUUGGGAAAGACAAUAAUAUAAAUGUGGUUUCUUUCCUGUUCUCUACCAUGUAAUGGAUCGAUUUAACACUUUGUAUAUGCUAAGGAAUUAUGAUCAGAGUUUUCACUGUUUUCUCCACAGAUCUGAAAAGGAACGACUACACACCUGGGAGGUUCAAUCCAGCUUUUGAAGCUGAAACGGAAGCAAUGGCAGCAGCAGGAGAUGAGGCUCUUAACAAUAGCGAUGAUGAGCCUUUGGAAUAUUGCACUCGAUUGUGA